GUGGUUCUAUCGAGAACUCUUUGGUUUCUUCUACAUUGCGGUAGAAUAUUAUUAUUAUUGACUCAAGAAGACAGCAUAUUAUAAGGAAAUCGUUCGUCACCAAGUUGCUAUUAGAUAUACAGAUCAAUUACCUGCAAAUUUUGGAAUCAAGUGACAAUUGGAUUCAAGCAACGAAACAGGCAAGCUAGUUUUGGUAUUAAACUAUAAAAGCUCUGAUAAAGGUAUGCUGUUUUUCCUAUCUCCUAUACUAGUCUAUAAUUUUAUCUACCGUAUCAGUUAUAUAUCGUUAUACACUUGUGUGCGAUACACUUUAUAAUAUUUUUAUGCCUAUAUAUGCCUUGAGUGAUCGACUGCGUGCAUGUUAUUGUUUAAUAGUGAGUGUUUUAAAUAUGGAGAAAUGUUCUCCGGCUGUCAGCUUCUUAGCCUGUGCACAGUCUCAUGCGCGCAAGCAAGAUCUCGCCUGUUUCAAGAUCUCACCGGUUUUCUAUAUAAUAGCCCUUAUACAAUAUAAAUUCAAAAUAGUCAUGACAGUCAUAAUGAACUCAAAAGUGUCGUUCGUGGGUCAAAUUAUAAUUACACUCUUUUCCAGUGGCCAUGUAGUUGUGAGUGGUCAUAUAAUUGCGAGUUUUUCGAUAAAAAGCACGUACACUACUUGAUAUACCUCCACUUUCGCACGGACAUUGCCUUAUAUAUAGAGUAAUGACUAAUGGUUACCAUGAUGCACUGUCCACUGAUGUUGCAAUGUUUUAUUAGAAAUUCGAGAAUAUAUAACUCUCGCAUAAAUUGCGCGCGAUUUAGCGCAUUUCUUACAUUAAAACAUUGUCCGUCAUCAAUUAGGUUUUUAUUAUACAUACCAGAUAUUAUGGGUUUGAGGCCUCGAAGCUAUAUAUGGCGAUGCGAAUCCUGAAACUUAUUUAUUUCAUCUUUAAUCUGCAAUCGAUUAUUGCACUACAACGAUACAAUAAUUGUUCCUUUCUUAAGUGAAGAAGAAAGCGAGAAAAAUAUUUUCGUUUUUUCGAAGAUUUUCUGUUGCACGCACAUUCAACAUGAAACAACUAAACUCAGUGGGAUUCAUUAUAGGUACUAAACUUUACAGUGCGUGUGUCAAACCGAAUUUAAUCCGUACAUCAAUACCAAUUUCAGUAUAGAUGACAUAAAAAAAAACACAAGCAUUCGGUUAGGAACAAACUAAUAAUGAUAGCCUACUUAAUAUAAUGAGUUUCGGCAAAAAUUGUCAGAACAUCAUAACUAUAUAUUUUGCAAAUAGAGUCAUAAUUGUUUUGUCUUGCAUGGCCAUAUUCGUAAAAAUAUCUUAAUAAUUAAAUGAAAAGAACGAAAAAUUUAUUUUAUAAACUAGUGAGUAGUGAUUUAUAAUUUAACUAUAUAUAGAUUGCUCAGCUUUGUAUUAAUGCUGCAUUACAUUAAAUAGCCGUCGUUCGUCCUCAUACAAUCUCGUUUUUAAUAGAUCACAAUGUUUAUACCGAGUCUAUCACUGUAUGAAACCGGUAUAAUAGCCUGUAAUAGCCUGACGAUAUUCAGUUCAAAUUCUUGGACUGUAAAGACGGAAGAUAUUUUUCAAAACCAAUUUGUUUUACCUAUAAUACAUUUUCUAGUUUAACAGUUAACCAUGCAAUUGCACCUUUUUAAAUGGAUCUGGCAGUCGCGAAACAUGAAACAACAAUAAAAAAUUGAAAAUUAAAAUACAAUUACAUUUUCAGUUUUUUGAAAAGUCUUAAUUUUCCAUUUUCUCCAUCUAAUAAUAAAAUAUAAUAAUAGGUAAUAUCUGUAACUGUAACCCUAUCAAUUGUGAUACAUAUUUAACGCAUGUAAUAGGGUAAUAGGUUAAGUGUUACUUAGUUGCUCAUCUAAACUUAUCAAUAUCAAAGAGGUUAGGCAAGUUUUACUUCUGUUUUGGAGAAAGACAUCAAAUUCUAAGAAUCCUAAAUUUCCAGAUUGAGAUUAGGUUUUCUAUUAUACGAAAAUGAGCUUCGCGUUGUUUGGUUUAAGGUGCGCCAAGCUUGCAUGGUUAAUUCAAUACCUGUCACUGUUUGAUUUUAUAGUAGGCAUUUCAAGACAUUGUGCGAAUAUUUUACGUUUUAAUCGUAUUUAUAAUAAAAUAAACUGUAUAUACCAAAUGACAAAAUCAGCAAGACGUUUUUAGUCAGUUUCAAUCUCAAUGUGAAAUGUAACUUUUUUGGGUUAGGUUUCAAUGUUUAGACCACGUAUAUAGCUGCGUUUUGUGUAAAGAGAACUUUGCGUGAGUAAUAUAGCUCAUAUAUAAUCCCCUUGUUAUAUUUCCGAACUUCAACUACUGUACAUAUAUGGUUAAUAUGGUUAAUAUGACAAGUAUCUUUUGUGCGUAUCCAGAUUGCAAGAGACAACAAAAUAUCACUUGUCUGGUUUAUGGUCGAGUUUAAAAAUACGUCAAGCGUAAUUUUGAUUUAUUUUGACCGGCAUUUUUCGAUCUGUCACUCGAAGAAGAUAUUUGAAAGCAAGAAAAAUAAGUAUCCAGGCCAAUGUCUUGAAAACGGUAGUAGUCCGAAAAGGGAGUAGUGACUACAUUACUAGUCUAUUGUCGUAAUCAACAGCUUGGGAAUGGGCCGAAUGGCGACGUCUGAUGGUCCGCAAGGAUUUUAUACUGGGAUUAGCUAUGCUGAGAUUAGCUAAUAAUAGUUUGACAGUUUAGCAGCAAAAGGCGUAGGAAUGCAGUAGCACUGUCGCAUUCCUAAAGGUUUUGACACAAUACAUGGCUAUAUCCGCGGUUUUGGUAAUACGGUAAUAUCUGUAACUGAAUCGAAAACCUCUAUGCAUGGGUUUCCUAAAAAAAUCUGAUUAAUGGUAGUGCUUCAUUCAUCUGAUCAAUAACAGUCAAUAAUAUCAUAUAGAUCUAUUAUAUAAUACUAUAAUAAUUGACCAUUAUUGAUUGUUGUUUAACUUUUUUCCGUUAUUCCCAUUUUCGACGUCAUGCAAACAUACAUGCACUUAGCAACAAUCAAUAAAAUACCUGACUUAGCAAUUAAGAUACUUAUAAAUCAACAUAGAAACAUCUUUAGUUACUAAAACAACAUUACUCGUCAUCUAUGGUUUCCUUCUUUGGAUUUGAUGUUUUAAGUGUUUUAAGAGGUUUUGAACGGCUAAGAAACAUUACGCAUGCGCAAUCCAUCGCUUGAAACUAAGACGUGUAUGCUGUUUGUCAUGUGGAUCUAAAUUUAUUUAUUUAUUUAUUUAUUUAUUUAUUUACACUUUACCUCUCAGGCGUGGAACCCAUUAACUGUUACUGUGUGUCCACUACAUGUAUUACAUCGAACUAAAUAUCGUACGAACAGAAAACAAAUAAGCUUACGUACUAUAGCAAAGUUAUUAACGACUAUUUGGCAAACAAACAAACAAACAAACAAACAAACAAACAAACAAACAAACAAACAAACAAACAAACAAACAAACAAACAAACAAACAAACAAACAAACAAACAAACAAACAAACAAACAAACAAACAAACAAACAAACAAACAAACAAACAAACAAACAAACAAACAAACAAACAAACAAACAAACAAACAAACAAACAAACAAACAAACAAACAAACAAACAAACAAACAAACAAACAAACAAACAAACAAACAAACAAACAAAACAAACAAACAAACAAAACAAACAAACAAACAAACAAACAAACAAACAAACAAACAAACAAACAAACAAACAAACAAACAAACAAACAAACAAACAAACAAACAAACAAACAAACAAACAAACAAACAAACAAACAAACAAACAAACAAACAAACAAACAAACGGACGGACAGAUAUACAGUACAAAAAAACAUAUAAAAGGCAGAAAGAGUCAUAAUUAAAAAUCCCCAAAAAAAGCAAGAAGGAAGAACCAGGAGACUAUAUGGGCAGAGUCACACUCUUCUUGUGUCUUCCAUGUUCGUGCAUUCUGGUAAUAUUCUCUCAAUAGAGAUUUGAAAGAAGACAGAGACAAAUGUUGUGUUUCUUCGUAUUUCCUUAAGCAGCACAUUCCAUACUCUUUUUGACCGAACUAAGUACGAUCUAGCAUAUGUUGAAGUUCGACACAGUUGUUCCUCCAAAUAACAAUGGUACCAUCAGCUUUAAUGAGUACUGUCAGAUCUUGUGGAUCUUCUUAGCUGUUUCUUUUACUGUUGGUAAAACUGAUCUGUCUGUGUUAGUCUUAUUGUUAAUAAGUUUCAAUAGUUGUACCCGUGCCAGUACGAGGACUAAGUCUAAGAGGGUGGGAGUAAAUAUAUUUGGAUGAGUCGUCCUUUGUAGGGAGUGUUAAGGUCCCCACCCUGCCAACCCCUGCCCCCUCUCUGCGGCCCUGUCGAUGAUGCGCGUAGUGCCGAAUCGGCUAUCGCUCAUAUUCGACGAGAGUGAGUGGAAUAACUGUUUUAUUAUAUACACAAGGUCUGAAUUUACAGACUUUGCUUUUCGGAUAUUUUCAAUAAUUUUCUAUUUUGUUUAUGUUUUUAUCUUCGCUCUUUCGGCCAAUUAUUGUUUCAAAAAUAUAUAUUUUUAACUAUUUUAAAUUUUAAAAAUUAAUUUGCUAACCUGUAAACAAUUUGAGAGAGUUUUUUCAUUGUAUUUUUAAACUUGUAAAGGCUAUUAAAACCGAACAACUUGCUGUUUUCUCGUUCGCAAAACGUCGGAAAUUCAGUUUGAGCCGCCAUUUUGUUUUUCUCUACUAGCAGGAUAUGAGCUAAUAUCCUGCUAGUAGAGAACCAACCAGAUUGCAGAAUACCUCAUAUCCAGACCUUGUGUAUAUAAUAAAUAUAUAUAUAUAUAUAUAUAUAUAUAUAUACAGACCGUUUACAGAAUUAGUGGAGCGUAACAAUAUACAUGCAUAUAGCCUCGACUUCAUAGUUCAUAAUGCUAUGCUCCAGUGAUUCUGCAACUGGUUUAUAUCUGCAUGCAUGUUAUUUAUAAACAAUUUUAAUAUAAAUGGGGUAUAACAGACAAUUUGAUUGGCUAAUUUAUUGGUGAUGCAAUAAUGCACUGUGGUUUGCCCCGCUUCAUCUCUGCUUUUUAGGCAAAAUAUAUAAACAAAGCUAUAGAGCUUUUAAAAUACAAACUUUAUCCGAAAGCAAGAAGGAAUAGGCCAAAAUGUAAAAUCUGUAAAAUUAACCGGCUUGGUAUUCGUCGAAUUUGUCAUUUUAUCUCGACAAGUUUUGGGCAAAAGCUUGCAAAAUAGCCGCGAAAAACCGAGAAAAAGAUAUAGGAAUACCAAAAACAUAGCAAAAGGCAACAACAACUGAACAUAAAUGAUUUAGAAAGUCCCUUCAAUGCUCCUGAUAAAAACAGCUAAGAUAUGUUAUAAUUUUCGGCGAAAGGCAAAAAAUACAAUAGUGAAUAAUUUCAAAAAUUUUAAUCUGAGCAACACGACGAAACCUACUAUUUAACGUCUUUCAUGGCAAAUCCAGCAGCCCAGAUGCUGAAAAACAUUAGCAAUUUAGUCUGUGUAUCACUGGGUUCCCCCCCCUGGCAUUUUAAACAGUUUCUUCGCAACUUUAGCAUCACAAUUUUAUAAAAAAUUUAUAUUGUUUUUGCUCCUUCGUCCGCUUAAAAAUUUAAGUGAGGGUAAAAGGACUAAAAGCAUGCGCGUGACGUCACUGAAUGCAUGUUAGGAGAAUUUUAAAGUCAAUCUUUUCAGUAAAAUUGCUUACUGAGAAGGCAUAUAUUGAAGUCCCCGCACGUAAUAUGAUAUUUCAAUAUCCCAUCAUGCACUGCCCGGCAAUGACAUCACAGCCACUGAUCUAUAUAGAUUGCAAUUGCACUGCACUGUGCCCAACGAAGGGCCUGCGGAGGAGGCGGUAUACACCAACAGAGAAAUUUAAGUUUUUAAGUUUUUUUCCCGCAAAGCAUUGGUGGGUAAUAUCGCAAAAACAAUGGGGGGUAUUGAAGUCCCCGCCAAGCAUAAAUUGUUAAAGCUAUCAAGAUUAGAAGCAACUGAGUUCAUAUAUUACAGUAAAAGGCCACAACUAGUGACACAAGUUUAAAAGCUGAGGUUCAAAUUUUAUUAUAGAAAACAAGUGAAUUAUUGGCGUAGUGCCGUAGCUGCGCAAGUUUAAAAGGUGAGGGUUCAAAGGUUGCUUUCUGUAAGAAUUAUUAUUCGCUUGGGUCAACAGCUUGUCAAACGGCAUUUUAUUUCUCAAUGGUCUGUUUUACGUGUCUAUUAAUAGACUUGUGAGUUACGUUGUUACUAUCAUUUGUUGUUGGUGGCGGAGUCAAUUCGUUAAAUAAUGAAAAGCUUUAAAGGUUAAAAAGUAACACAAGAUUAAAAACUCCGUGUUUAUCAAGUAUCAAUUAUACGAUUUGUCAGGUUAAUCGAAACAGGAACCAAAAGACUCGGUUCACACAUCAGUCAGUCAAAAACAAAUAGUUAAACAAAUAGAAAAAAUCGAGCAAGGCUUAACACACAACGGUCACAUUAUAAAACGUUUGUAACAAGGGACUCAUACUCUCAUAGUCAUUGUUCCAUUAUAUUGAAAAGCGCCAUUCCGUUCAGCCGGAUGGACGCACAAGGACCACGUUACACAACUUACACGUGGUUGCUCUUUCAUUUUUAAAGUACGUCCAAUUUUAUCAACCUUCUAAGCGUUUUAAAAGAACGCCAGAACGUGGUAUUAAUAUUUUGUCGUAUUGAUAUUUGUAAGCCAUAAGGCAUGACCAGGGGGGGGGGCGAAUACCAUAGGAAUAUCGCCCCCCCCCAGUUCCCAUCCUAAUAAAUUCAGUACAGUUUGCUGAUCAGCAUCAACAUGUUUAGUUAUAUUUUUUAGUAGUUUAACCUAAACUCUCAUUUGUUUUAGCAUUAUGUCCAUUUAAAUGUAGCCAUAUGUAGCCAUUUAAAUGACAAAUUACGUCCAUUUAAAUGUAGACAUAUGUUGCCAUUUAAAUGACAAAUUACGUCCAUUUAAAUGUAGCCAUAUGUAGGCAUUUAAAUGACAAAUUACGUCCAUUUACAGUGUAGCCGUAACCAUAUUAUAUACUUGAUCGUUUUGAGUGCGUGUUACCGCGUAACAAUAACGUACAAAAAACUCCUCUUAAUUGAUAUUGAACAUGUAUCCUAUAGAAGUGCAAAGAAUGUUCAAUAAUAUAAUUAUAUUACUAUUAUACAUUGUGGUCACUAUACGAGUCUUCUGAUUGGCCAAUAGCUUAUAGGAAAUAUGGAAAUCACAUGCUAUGCACUCAUGAUUUACACAGUUAUCUGCUAGUAGAUAACUGAGGUUUUGCAUGUAUAGGUCGAGCCCGUGGUAUGUAAUUCUAAGUAUUAAGCGGCAAUUUUAAAUACACGAAUAGAAUAAGCCAAAAAACCAACAUGAACGAAGGGCGUUUUAAAUUAAAUUAUCAUAAAUUUUCAAUUUAAUUCAUCUCUAUUAUCGGACAUAUAGUGUCUUAUCAGUUGCAUGUUUUAUAACUAUAUAGCUAAUCAGCUAAUCCAGGAUUUGCACGUGCGCGCGAGCAGUGCACAUGUUAUAAAAACUCUUCAUCCAGCCGUCAACAUUUCAUAUAACAAUCAUGAUAAAGUGUUAAAUAUUUUAAAUACAUAAGAUACUUGACGUAUAGUUAGGUGAUGAAAAAGUUAGUUUUGCAUAUUUUGGUUUCCUUAUUGUUAUCACCUUCCAUCCAUGACACUUACUGACAGAGCUCUGCUGACAGAGUGAAAUAUAGUCCUGAAGACGAGGUUCACCAGGCAGACUGAUUUUUUUAUCUCUGUUGAAUAAUACCCUCAAAACUGUAUUAUCUGCGUUCUCUGUAAGAAUAAUGAUUAAACGUACUUGAUUAUUUCAAUAAUAGUUGCAGAGUUACAUACGUUGUGUUUACAAUUUCCGAUGAAUAAUAAAAUAAUGUGCAUAUGGCGUUAAACAGAGUAACAUAAUCUGAAAACAGUUCCCUGGUUAACCUAUAAAAAUAACUCUGUUUGGGUUAACUAUAUUCCUGGUUAAAUAAUCAGACUAUGUUUGGUGGUAAAUAACCAGGGGUCCCUAUAGUGUGUAUUGUCAAUUCUAAAAACGAGUUAAAGUUAACGUAUAUAGUUGUUGGCGCGGAAGUAAAACUUGACAAAGCUGUAUGAAAUGCAAUGAACCCGUCAGCCGAUUUAGCCGUCGUUGUGGGAGAAUUGUAUCAUUUUUCGGAUUAGUGAUAACGAGAUUCUUUACUGCAUGCAAUAUCCUAUACAAUAUAUAUUUCUAUAGAGAAUUCGCCAUCCGGACACUUGCUACAACAGGUGCUAAUUAGUCGAUGUUUUCACGAUAUUUCUAAAUUUGGUGUGAACUGAAGAUAAAUUACAUUGAUAAUUAUAGAACUUUACUGUAAAGUAUCAAUCAACUUGACCCAGAUUUACACACAUUCACUAAUUUACAGUUCUUAGUAUUAACUUAACACCACUUUUUAAGAGGCUAUACAGACUGAGUAUGGUAAGUUGUAAAACAUGGAAUCUGGAAUCUUGGAAUUUAUUAUAUAUUUAUUAAUAUUUAUAUAUGAUAUAUAUUAUUAAUAUACAUUAAUAUUAUAUUAUGAGAUAUUAAUAAUAAUAAUAUCUUGAUAAUAACAUAUUUUGCGUUUACAUGAUAAGAUUCCAAGAUUCCAGAUUCCAUGUUUUACAACUUACUUAUACGGUAUACUGUUGCUCAUCUUUGUGCUUUUAGUAAUGCCUUUGUUUAUAUAUGACAUAUCAUACUUUUUAAAUCAUGUUAUUUAGAUCCGUUUCUCGAGGUUAUUUAUUUGUCUGCAUUCAGCAAUGUUUAUCAUGAUUGGUUAUAUAAAUUUAGAAUUAAUUUUUGGAAAAUUAUAAGUUGGUUAUCAUAUGGUGCAUGCUUGCCACAUGAUACGGUGAUAGGAUAUAGUUGCUGCCUACCUGCGAUGAAUAUAUUGUCUAUAUUUGCUGGAAUCUUCAAGCAUAUAGCCUCAUUUUGACGCAAUUUUUUGACAAAAUGACCUAUAUGGUAUAUAGCCGCCUUUUUUCCAUCUGAACUGAGAAAAUGUGAAAUUUUUAUGAAUAUAUCUUAUAUAUACUGUAUAAUCUACAAUAUAAGUUCGUUUAAUUAUGGUGUUAGUUCCGUUCACAUAAUAAUACGUCAUAUAUACGUACGUGUUAAUUAAAUUAUUAAGGAAAACCUUCGACGGCAUUAAAGGCGUGUUAAUCCAUAGUUACAAUUGUGGAAAAUAGAAAACACGUUAUUAGUAUAAUGUUACUGUGUCGAUUCAUUCGAUUCAUUCGAUUAGUCUGUCGUGCAAUAGAGUAUGAGGCUUAUUGAUAAUUGUAUUUAAUUCUCGGAUUUUAUAAGUUGCAGUUCUUGUUCGGAGUGUACGUGCGGGAUAAUGUUUUCUUCAUACCCUAAAACAAGUAUCUUUCUCAACCUGCAUGCGCACAGUGCAUUUUCAUGGGGUAAAGAAAGAUGGCAAUAAUUAAAGACCGAACUUUAUAACUCACUCUAUGACAACCUACUUAGUACUCCUCCACAGGCUCUUGUUUUUGGCAUAUAUAGAUCAGUGAUUGGGGAAAAAAUGGGUUUUUUGAUGCAUGAUGGGAAGGCAAAAACAAUUAAGAAAUUGAAGAGUAUAAAGGUCACAUUUUGGUAGGAACAUUUUGUAAGCUUCGCUUAUUUUUGUUGGCCGGGUAGUAGACUCGGGAACCUUCCCCUACAUCGUCGCUCUCCUUUGACAUCUUGACGUUGUUUACUUAGAACGAUGGGUUUCGUAAAGCUAUAGAUAAUCCACCUGAAAAAUCACUUUAGAACAACAAGAAAUGACGUUAAAUCUAAAGGAUAUUAAUAUAUUAUUGUGAUUACUAAUGGUUUUACUAACUUAUAAGCAUCACUUUAGAACUUUUUUACAUCAUUCUGAAAUGUCACUUCUAUUUUCAUCGUGGCGAUAGUAAUUUACAUCGAUCAACACUAAUUAAGUAUACCUUGCAUGACCUUUGAGUGAAUAAUAUUUUAAGAAUAUAAAUGAAUUUGAAUUGGGUAUGUUCGAUGCUAUUAGCCAUUAAAUGAACUUGGUCAACUUGAUAGAAAGCCAUUACAAAUGCACCAAUAAUGACACUUUACUUUCCAUACCCAGCGCAAGCAGAAAGAUGUUGUCUGCCGCGGCUGCAUGGGUCUUGACCCGCGACCUUCAGAUUACUAGAUCGACGCUCUACUAACUGAACUACACGGUCAGACGGAUUUAAGACUGGAAAUUAUGAAAUAUAUAUAUAUACAGGGUGUAUCAAAAAAAGUAAGACAAUUUUGAAAUUGUUCUCAAUUCCACAAUUCUGUUCAUGAAAUGUAAUUUUUGCUAUAUAUGGAUUGCUUGAGUUUUUAAAUUAUGGAAAAUAUAAAAAAUUUUGAAAAUAGUAAAUUUUGCUAUCCAGGGAGGUGGUCAACUUUUGCUCCCCUAAAAGUGGCUUGCGCACGGAAAUGACAAACGGUAGUCUUUAUUUGAGUUUAUGUAUGAAAAGUUCGCUAUUUGUUGCAUUUAUGAUAAAAUUUUGGCAGGAUUUUACCGAUUACAAAUCCUCCUAAAAGCCUAUGAAAACGUUACAUUUUUCUCUGUUGGUGCUGUUCUUGCUUCAUUAUGAAUUCAUUUUUACUCCCAUGAGAGUUCCAUGGAAUUUCCAUGGAAUUUGUGCUUUCGAGUUGUUUGUGCUGAAACGCAUUUUCUCGUAUAAUACCCCGUACACUUUGAAAUGGCGAUGCCACAAUUUACCCCGCAGCAGAGAGCUUUUAUGGUAUCAUGCAGAGUUCCUCCGUAGCAACAACAUAAACUUGGUUCGCCAAAGUUUCACGAAAGAAUAUCCAGAUGGACGAUGCGAAUACGUGAAGGGCAUCGUACAUAUAUAUAUAUAUAUAUAUACAACUAAUUCAAUAAAGGUUGUCCUUUGCAAACCUUAAACUCUAAAACCUCAACCUUAAACUCUAAGCGCGCAAAGCGUAAUGGGAGCACUAUUUAAGCAGUUUAGAAAGCAUAUAUGGAGCCCAUUUCUUAGAGACAUGGUAAAUAUGUGCCUGCGAAAACAUUUCACUCACAAACAGCUGCAAUAUUCAACUACAAAGCUUGAAAUCAGUACUCCCAUUAUGCUUUGCGCGCUUAGAGUUUAAGGUUUAAGGCCUUUAGAGUUUAAGUAAAUAUAUAUAUAUUUUUAUAUAUGUAUAUAUAUAUAUAUAUAUAUAUAUAUAUAUAUAUAUAUAUAUAUAUAUAUAUAUAUAUAUAUAUAUAUAUAUAUAUAUAUAUAUAUAUAGAUAUAUAUAUAGAUAUAUAUAUACAGGGUGUAUCAAAAAAAGCGCAAUCCUCGAUUGAAGUGUAAAUUGCUAAACAAAUAAUAGACGAAAACGUUAAAGUUUACAUUCAUUUCAAAGCGUAGCCAUUCAGCUUUCUAAAAGUGGGUUGUUUCUUAAAUUUGACUCAUUGGUUCGCGGGUAAUAAUACUUUACGUUAUUGCAAUUGGAGAUUAAAAAAAUUGAGAUGGAAUAACAAAUCGUUCUCAUGAAAAUAACUGAUUUUUUCAUUAAAACAAACAAAUGUUGCAUUUUAUUAAAUGGAUUGUAACAAUAAGUAUAAUUACGGCUUUUCUUCCACUAUUUGUAACUCAGUUUGAAACUUCAAAUGCGAUAUAAUUUUGGCUUGGAUCAUCUAAGCUGACUCACAUCAACUUGCUAUAAUUUCUGUUUACAUUACAUCGCAAUUCGAUGACACUCUGGCUCAGACACCAGAAUGUUUUGACGAUUUUUAGCAUUCGUUUAGGAUUUUCAAACAACCUGGUCUCUUUUAAAAUACUUUUAAUUUGUUCUUACGUUAUGCAUGAUAUGCAUGCAUAAUUAUUUUUUAUUAUAAUUUUGAGUUGUCUUAUACUCUUAUAUACAACUAUAGUUCAAAAAAGGUUGUUCUUCCAAACUCUAAACUUAAACUCUAAGAACGAUAAGUGCAAUGGGAACGCUCUCCAUUGUAUCUUGGCUGUAUGCACAAGGAUUAUAAUAAUAAAUAUUUAUUCAUCAAAUACCAAUACAGGCACAUACGCAUGAAAUUACAUAUAAAAAAAGAUACAAAACGUAUCGUUAUAAUAACUAUAAACGGUAUAAGAUUAUCAAGAAUGCAUAUUAUAUAUGCAUACUAAUAUCAAUGUUAAUGCAUAAUAAUAUUACAGUUGAAUAGUUGAUUUCACGAAACUUUGGCCACGCCAAUUGCGAGGUUGGUUGGGAAUUUGGGAACUAUAAACACGAGCUCAUCAGGUUGAUUGGAAACCGGCCAAUCAAAUUCGGAUGUUUCGCAUCAAAUUAUCGAAAUUCGUUAUGAAAUUCGGAACCAUGCAAGUUCGCAGGCAAGUUCGCAAAUUGCAAACGAUUUUGGCGGUAAAUUUUAAAAACUAUAAACUUAUUGUAUUAAACUUAUUCAUUUAAUAAUAAAUAAUAUCAUAUAUAAUAAUAAUUUGAGGUUGGAAAUUGUAAUAAGUUUAAUACAAUAAGUUUAGUUUUUAAAAUUUACCGCCAAAAUCGUUUGCAGUUUGCGAACUUGCUUGCGAGUUGCGAACUUGGUUCGGAAUUUCAUAACGAAUUUCGAUAAUUUGAUGCGAAACUUCCGAAUUUGAUUGGUCGGUUUCCAAUCAACUUGAUGAUCUCGUGUUUAUAGUUCCCAAAUUCCCAACCAACCUCGCAAUUGGCGUGGCCAUGCAAAGUUUCGUGAAAUCAACUGUAAUGUUAUUAUACAUAUGCAUAUUAAUAUUAAAAUUUAUGCAUUAUUCAGGAUUAUGACAAUUAUCACGUCUUUCUGACUGAAUAGAGACCUUACGAUUUUAGGACGGCAACGCGACGGCAACGGCUACCAAUACAAUAGAUCAUUGAAAAGAAUUGAGUAAUUACAAUAAAUGAAUAAUUUAGACAUUGUCCUCGCUCUGUUUACAACGCCAAAUCACAUAUUUUCACGUGUUGAUACAACGGCUGCAUUCCAAGCCACAACAAUUAAGUGCAACUUCAAACUGGGUUUAGCAGAACUCUUCCCAACCAUAAAACCCAUGUCUUUAACUUCUAGGACUGUAUUAAAUUCAUACGAUUGAUAAUAUACGACGAACUAUCGACUACCAUUUAUUUGAAGGAGUUUGUUUUGGCCGUCGCCGUCGCGUUGCCGUCCUAAAAUCGUAAGGUCUCUAAUAUGGCAAAUACUGCAUGCAUGUUCCCACUGCCGUUUUCGCGCUUAGAGUUUAAGCUUGAAGCUUUAAGGUUUAGACUUUUGAAGGACAACCUUUUUUUAAUUAUAGCUGUACAUACAUGCAGGUAUGCCCAGAGGGAGAGAGCAAAAGGACAUGCACAUAUGCAUACUAUAAUAUCAAUGUUAAUGCAUAAUAAUAUUAAUGUUAUUACAUAUGCAUAUAUUAAUAUUAAAAUUAAUGCAUGAUUAUAACAAUUAUUAAGUCUUUCUGACUGAAUAUGGAAUUAGCUGUAUACAGGUGCGCCCAGAAGGAGAGGGCAAAAGGGACAACCCUCGGGUCGAUCCCAGGUAUAAAAGAGGGCCGUCAAAAAUAAAUAAAUUUUCGGGGAGAGGAUUUCUCCGCGCCCCAUACUGUAUAUACAAACAAACUAAAAAUCCUUAUCUAAAAAAAUAAAAGAUAUACAUCCAUGUACUGUGCCAAUGUGACAUAUAUAUAACACACUGUCAAUGAGAUCCUGAAGGGUAUACAUUAUGCAACGUGAAUUUUCUAGAGAUAUUUAAAUCAUCAUGACUAGAAUUAGAGUUUUCCCUGGCAUAUUGUAUUGACAAUACACAGGGACAUGCAUAUUGUUUUAUUUUUAUCACUAAAUUACCUUGCACAUGCGUGCGUGCAGCUAUAUAUAGUCUUCCGAAAAAUCUUAAUCUUGUAAGAGUAAAUUGGCGACGUAUCUAGAAACGUCAUUUCUCAUGCAAGGCAGUUUUGCAAUAACACAGAUAACUAUAUUGCUUCACACAAUGUCUCCUGUUACAAACCAUGCAUCAAGACCUAUUGAAAUCUGCCAAAGUCUAUUGGUCCCAUUCAGUGCGCUCUAUAUAUUUAAUUAUGUUAUUUUACUCUGAUUAACGCUAGACUUGCGAUUAAUUAAUUAGGUAACAUAAUCAGUCUAAAAGCCAAGAGUGAUAAUGAGUACAGAAACCUUUUAAAAAAAGUCUUUAAAUAAAGGGGGGGGGGGGAGAUAAUCCCCCUCUCUCUUAAAAAAUAAAGUAUUAAAACCUUGUCUGUCAUAAAAGACAUAUUUAUUAGCUCAUUCUUUAAUACACAAUAUGUAACGGCAUAUAUAUAUAUAUAUAUAUAUAUAUAUAUAUAUAUAUAUAUAUAUAUAUAUAUAUAUAUAUAUAUAUAUAUAUAUAUAUAUAUAUAUAUAUCUUUGAAAACAAUUAGGCUUUUGUAUCUUCCAUAUGAAUAAUCACGGGGUAUCACAGCAAGAACAUGCAUGAUACUUGAUACUUGAUAGAAUUGCAUGCACCAUUAUGGUGCUAAUUCAUUCACAAAUUCCUCAUUCCACGUAAAUUUCGCAAAACAAAAAGUUCUGUUAUAAAGUUUAUAUAAUAAACACUCAUAGACCAUGCACAUGACAUCCAUGCACUUGCAUUCUUUGUAAAAUAAUAAUAAGUUAUAAUGUUAUCUAAAAUUCCUUCGACUUAAUAUGUUUAUUAUCUUGCUCUGCACUUAUCUUGACGGUUUGAAGUAUUUUAUUUUAAUUUUUUUCAAGUGAUUCACUUCCAGUUGCACGCAACAGAUUAAAAUUUCAUGGAAAGUGAAUUUAAAGUUCUGUUACUUUAUCUCGUUGUGUGUAUCAGCUAUUUGCAUGCUUGCAUGAUUUCUGUCACCAUUUUAUUAAUUCACGGGUUUAUAGUACCCGUCAGCUUCUAUCUGUCCAUGUCUUUCAUCAUGCACUUUAAAUUUAACGUACUCUCUCUCAAGCACCCGUGUGUUUAUCAUACCUAACUGCGCCCUUUAACGUGGAACAUGUUCAGGCUGGAAAGUUUGCAAAUUGUGCAAUCGCGAUCCUGCCCAUGCAGUCAGAUAAGCAAGUUAAGAAAAUAAAAACUAUAAAUACUGCAUGUUAACUGCCUUCGUGUGUAACUUUAUUGAUUCAUUUACCAUUGGGUUUAAAUGCACAAACCGGAAUUUUGUAUAGAUAUAGAUAGAUAGACAGAUAGAUAGAUAGUUUAAUAGAUUUUACAUGGCAGCCUAAUUGGCUGAAUUGCGUAAAUUAACAAAACUUACAUAUUACAAACAAAUUAAAAACAACACAUGCACAAUUACAUACUGCAUGAUAUACACACUAUUUACAUGAAUUACAUAUACUACUUAAUAUAUUAUAUAUACUGCAUGAGGGAUUCGUGUAUUUCGUGAUAGAAAAAGCGCAACCCCGAGAAAUUUUGGUUUUUGCGCAUUACAAACUGCACAUAACAAUCUGGAGAGUGCUAUAAGUGCAAGCAUAAUAUUAAUCGCCCUUCUUCAUAAAUUCUUAAAUCGAAGCAUUCUUAACUUAUAUUUGUGUGUCAGCGUAUGUGAAGAGGGCACUCUAUAGUAUAGUUAAGCUGCAUAGUCAUGCACGAAAUAUAGUUCAGACACUGCUUACAUAAAUACAAUUUUGUUUAUAAUUUGUAUAUAUUGGAUUUUGAGGAUCAUAUGGGGAUAUUGGUCCAUCCACGUGAGUGCACAAUUGCACAAAAGAAGAGUUUCCACUCAUGAACUUAUAAAGAAAAUUCCUGAUAUUUUAUUUGAAAAGUUUUUAAAAUUUGUAACGAGAUGUGUGUUUAUUCUGAAUUAUUUUCUUUGUGCGAUAAAAUCAAAAGAAUUUCUCAACUUCAAUUACUCAUAAGUUGUUUUUGAAACAUUUUUGCUCAACGUCAUUAAUCAUUAUGUAUAUUUGAACUGUUAUAAUGCAACUUGAAAUAAGUCAGAGUUUUGUGCUGAUUUACAUCUUCGUAACAUCCGUUAUGUUUUUACCUCAUUAAUUGUUCGUUUUCUUUUGUUUGUUGGUUUUUUGUUUUGCCUGUGAGUAUGGAUAUGUACAUUAACAAAAUUUACUUUGUUUCGGUUUUUUUGAGCUAUAUGCAUGUGUAUAUUAACUAAAUUUAUGCAAUAAUUUUUAUAUGUAUAUACAGCAAGAUCUGAUCUUUCACGAGCUUGCGAUCCUCUGAUGUUUCAAAAAGCAGAGAUUGUAUCUGAGCAACUUUCCUAGAUGUUUUUGUGCAGGAAUUGCUUAUACGCCCCCAAGAUGGUGUAAUAUAUAAGGUCUUUGAAACUUCAAUGACAUUCCAUGUGUGUAGAUUAAAAUGUGAUCAAAUAAUAAACAGUUAUAUUGGAUGAGGUUUUUAAUUAUAUCCCGAAUUCAAUAAUUAUUUUAUUAUGCCUUGCAUUUUUAUUAACUCUCUCGACAAACAAUGAUUUGUCGAACAAAAACGGCGACGUUUAGUUUUCAAAAAAAGCAGCAAAAUGAUUUAAAACUAGAUAUCACAUUAACGGCUUAAAAAUAUUGAAAACCUCAUUCACCUUAUACUUAACUCUAAAGUUUCUGCUUUUUGCACAAAAACAUCCACGAAAAUACCGAUCUUUCAUAUACUAUGUUGUUUUUUCUUGUUCUAUUUGUGUAUUGAAAACUGCCGCUUGCAAUACAGCGGGCUCAAUCUUCGUUUUCCAUAUUUAGCUGUAAGGCUAGUCAGAAGACACGUAGUGACUAUAUACAGUACAAUGCCGGUAUUAAUAACAAUAACAUGACUUAAGAUAUGCACUCUCUGAGCUAGUGCGUUUUUGUUUAAGUAAGAAUUAAUUAUUUGUACUAGCUUAAUAUAUAUAAAUGCAUGAUUAUCCACUUCACAAGCACUACUCCAUCAUUAAAAUAGUUAUGAACUAAAAAUCUUUUAUGGUGAAAGAAAUAUUUAUGGUGAAAUUAAGAACUUGAAAGUUUCUUGCAAGCAGCACAUCGUUGCAGAGAGCUGACACAAAUCUUUGACAUUUCCAAGUACAAGUCAUUAAAUUUUGACAAACAGUUGCUGUAUAUACAAAAAAUUAAAAGGUAGAGUAAUUUUAUUAUCCAGAUUACACAAGCCGCAUUACUUAAGUGCUUAAUGGCCUCUGCAUGGUAUCAGUAUAUUAUGGUAUAUUAUAUACUGUGAUGCGUCAGCAACAACAAGACACCAUCACGCCAAGGCAUCAUGAAUUGACGAACAACUGAUUAUAGAAAAAUAAUUGCACUUGAUGUAGUCUUGCUACUUGACGUCAUUACUUCAGGUAUAUAUGAAUUUUCCUGUUCUACAUUAUGUUUUAAUUUUUAAACUAUUGUGUUCCCUGCAUGCUGUUGAACUAUUUCAUAAUCGGCCUCUGGCUCUGUCAAAUAUCGCUUACCAGCAAACAAUUUCGCGAAAUAUAGGAUGAAGCACACUCCGAAUAUUGACAUCUUGUGAACUCAAGAUUCGAAUUUUGUGCACGGUCAUGUUUAAAUUAAUAACUAAUCUUAUAUUCUGUCAAAUAGUCGACAAAUUAUGCAUAAUUAUAUACCUUGUGACAGUGCAGCACCCUCUGUAAUUGGUAUUCCACGAUUAAUAGCUAAACGUAUAGCCAUCUAUAGAAGAAAGGCUUUUAGCAAACAUUUUGUUAGUUAAAUUAUCAAGAAGUGCAUGAGGCAGAAAAAUGAAUCAUAUACUGGAGCCUUGGAGACAACCUGGCCCGUGUGUACCAUGCAAGUCUUGACUCAUGCAUGUUUUCAUUUGUGUUAUAUGUUAAUGUUCUUUUAGUUUGUUCUGAAGUUAAAAUUUGUGAAAAAUAUGUUUACAAGAAAUGACUAUUAUAUACAAGCAUAAGGUAAUUAGUUUAAGAUGUAAUACGAUACUGUAUCUAAGGACACUACAAUGACAAUGGCGUUUCUCUUCCUAUCGUUGCUUAGUUACCAUCAAUUUUCUUGCAAAUGCACAAGCAAGUAUAAAUUGUAAUACUGACGUCCUUGCCAUCAGACAUGCAUGCACAGUGCAAAACGAUUUAUGAAAUUGGCCUUUUGGCACAACUAAUUCGAAUAAUAGCUGAUUAGCCUAAUAGCUAAGCUUUUCGACUAAUUAUUCCGAAGGUUCGAUCUUUAUAAGGCCCUUGCUAAUAUAACAUUUGAGCUAUUUGACAUUUUGAAAUCCUAACUAUAAGGCAGAUAUUAUUCUAAUAUUUAAAUUUGCACUCGACAAUUUCCAUCUAUACAAGAUCCUUCAACUAUUAUUAAUUCAAUCGAGUGAGAUGCCAACAAAAUCUUGAUAUUUACCCAUAACCUACCAUGGUAGUACCCCAUAGUAUAUAUACAUGAACUGGUGGUUAGAGCUCGGCAACUGGCCUCUGUAGUUCAGCUGGUUAGAGCGCUGCACCGGAAUCGCAGGGCCGCAAGUUCGAUUUUCAGCUUGCACGAUUUUUUUUGGGUGGUGCCAGCUUGUGCUGGACCUUUUUUUUAGAAUUUUCAAGAUAUUUUUCUUUGCUUUCCUUUUUGCACGAAUUUUUUUCUUUUGUUUUCUUUUCCGCGAAUUUCUUUUUGUUUUCCCCCACUCUCCCAAUCACUUUUCUAAUUGUCCGCCCCUACGAAAUCAGUAGACACAAACGUAUUGCAAAAUUUGUUGGAGUAUAGUACAGCACAUCAGUUAUCUUGUAUUAUUGUAUUAUUAUAUCCGGGAAUUAUAUAAGGACUGCGCAUGCAGAUUUUCAGUCGUUUUCUAGUUACGUUUGUAAAUUAUAACCAAUGAUUCAAUAAACGCUGCAUCGUGCAUGGUGCUUUAAAAUCAUCCCUGAUCUAAAAAUUAAAGACUAGUGGCUGAUGAAAUCAUGCCGCCGGACAAAUCUGCCGCAGACUCCUGGGAUGAUAAUCUGACAAAAUAAUAAAAACCAUCCAGAUUAUAUUUAAUCCUUUAUACCGAACAAAAAAAAGAUGAUGCUAUUGUCCGUCUGGUUGCUAAUCAUGGUUUAUUGAAUUUCCUAGACAGUCAUGAUUUAUGUUUCAACAAAAUAUACAAUGAAUUAAAGCUAUAGAUAAAUGCAAAAUAACAAUCUUAUUAUAACUGAUAGAAAAAGUCUUCAUAUUUAAGAGAAUCUUUUUAUCUUUGGAUAUUCAGUGACGAUGUAAGCUAUAUAUAGAAUUCAUUUUAUAAUUUUAUUAUCUUCGCCUCAGGCUUGGUAACCGUGACAGCAGUUGUCAAUUACUAUCUCCAAUUAUCAUUAUUGGGAAUUAUUCGGUAACAUAUUUGGAAAAAAUGUCUGUUGCAAAUUAUAUAUUGUAUAGUUUUUUCAGCUAUGAAUUGAGAGAAUAACUGAUACAGGGUGUAAAAAUAGUUUCUAAAAUGUCCACUACAAACUGAAAAUUCCGCAACAUUUUGACAACUAUAUAUGUUGCACUCGAAAAUUUACUUUUCAGAAUAAUUUUGUUUUGAGAUACCAGAAGAUCCCAAGAAUAUCCCAUCUUUGGGGUAUUUUCAGUUUAGUUACAUGCACCCUAUAUAUAGAUGGAAAUAUGCAUCUCUUUUAAUUAUAUGAUAGUCCUAUAGUUAGUCCAAAAGUUGUAUUUUCUCGAGUUUUCAUUGUUACAGUUUACCAGCCAGAUUAUUUAUUAGAGUAAGCCUUUGCUGCAUGGUUCAGAACUUCAGACACUUAUUGCCUACGCCUACACCAAAUGUGAAAACUGCUAGAUGUGAACUGGUAAAUAAACCGGUCCAAAAAUAAAACUUUUUUAUCGUCACUAUUGCAGAAUAAAAGAAACCAGGUGGUAGAAAAUUAACCUCGCGAAAAUCUGAGUUCCAUAGUUGGGGAAGGGAUGUCCAAAAAUGUAUUUUUGUUUAACAGCAUGCAGCUUUGGAAUGAAACGAGGGAGAGUGCGAAUGGCGGAAGUUAAAAUGUUACACUUUUAUACGAAUCAUAAAGUUUUCACUCAAAAGUUACUACAAAACAACUGAUAUUAAAAUUUGACAUGUUUUCCCAAAAUGCUAAUGUUUGUCUGUCAUUCCCAGUCCCAAUAAUCCAAAUGCCAUUUUCCCAGUCCAAAAAUAGAACCCUCAAAUUAUAUUGAGAGUUUGUCUAUAAAAUUGUCCUGGAAGACUGAAUUCUGCUCUUUUCCGGCUCGAGGUUAUUUUUCUGCUAUUGCGAGUCAGUGAUUCACUUAGUAUGUGAGAGAAAAUGACAGGUAUUUAUGAUUUUAAACCACUUAGUUACUUAAUUCAUGAAGUUAUUUCUAAAGAGAGCUAUAUAUAUUGAAAGCAGACUGUGCAUGUUUUAAAAGUCAGCAGUCAACACAAGGUGAUAAUACACCUGCAGGGAUAUUCUUUACUGGGAUUUGUGGUAAUAAAAUAAAAGGAUGGGAAAUGGGAUUUGCAUAAAAGCUGGCUGCGAACUGCAUGAUCUCUGCACAGGUCACAUAAUUUUAAUCAGAAGCGUAAAUAUAUACAGGCGUACAAUCGUAUUAAAUACAGUAGUCAGUAAACACGUGCAUGCACAGACCUAAAAGUAAGUUUUGAUCCAAGGGUUAAUUACUCAGUUAAUUCUAGGAUUAAGGCAGGUUUAUAUUUUUUUAAAAUAGCAAUUUUCUGGCGAAGCUGAUAACGAUAUUAGGAAGAUGUAGCGCGGACGUGGUUGACUUGUAUGACCAUGAAUAGACAUGAUGAAGCAUGAUUUGUAUUGUAAUAUUAUUAUACUCAGCAACUUCCUUAUUAACGAGUAAAAUUCUUGCUUUUAUUUAUAGACUUAUAUUUAGUCUAUGCAUAUCGUUCAUAUCAAUAUUUGUGCAAGUUUCAAGAAUGAUAUAAUCAGGAGUCACGAGAAGAUAUAUAAUAUACCUAUAUAUAUAUAGGCUAUGGAAUGCAUGCAGGGAAAAGAAAUUUGGUACUGAAUCGCACUACCUGCAAUUCUGGAAAUUUUGCGAAUGGAAAUUAUAAAUGAAAAAAGAAAUAUAGAAUUAAGGCAAAUGAUUCGAUAGUAUUAUACGGGGCUUAAUUCGCGGCGACGCAGUCAUCAAAGCAAGUGCCUUUCAUCUCGUGAAUCGUGGAUUCGAUAUUUCUCGUUUUCAUAUCAGAACUGAACGCUCUGCUCCGUUUUUUAGCUAAUGUUGACAAUGUGGAUUAACGGAUAAUAAUAUAGCUAUAGCUAUAGCUAUAGAAAAUUCACCUCAGCUCGUGUUUAAAUAUAUUGGAUGCUAUACCACAACUAUCACCGCCAAUAAUUUUUUAUAUUAUGGAUCUCAACCAAGACCAUGAAGGAACCCGCGGCUAAUUUCCUUAAGCCAUCUUAACCUUUAUUGCAUAUCCUGCAAGGAGGACAUGUCUACCAUGACGAGCUAUAUUACCAAUCAGUGAUCUGGCUAUUCCGUCGUCAAAGUGUGACAUGCAGCUAAAAACGCUUUGAAAGCGAUGUUGAAACAGUGCUGUAUGCAGAAAAAUUUAUUUCCAGUUUAGAUUAAAUGGAAUACAAAACGUUUGGACUAACGAAAAUUUUGAUCACUAAAUCGAAAAUCCUGGUUUAUUUGGCCACAUUUUCGAAAAACUUGGACCAGUCCAAUCUGACUUUAAAUAAUGAAAUUAAAGCGCGCCCUUAGAUAUGAUCUACAUAUUAUAUAUAUUAAAGGAAAUUAAUAAGAACAAAUGUCUGCGAAAAGCACAAUUCACCCUAUACGUCAUUGCAAUUAUUGAGGAAAUGGUGAUUGGUGAAAGGAUUUUGAUAAAUAGAUUGCAAUGAUAUAUUUGCUAAGUGCCACCUUUACGACUUACGAGGGGGAAAACAUUUGACAAUAAUGUAGUAACUGUGGGCACUUGUUACGUAUAUAUUAUGUUCCCGCUUGUCCCUAAAAUUUAGUUUUUCGAUUACAAACGGAGACCAUUUGAAAAUGUCCAAAAUAACAAAAAAGAAGAGUUUAGUUUGGCAAAGCUGUGUUCCUUCAAUCUCCGAGUUCUGAAUUUGUAUCCAUACACUGACGCGUUUAAACUGUAUAUGAGUUAUUAUUAAAAAGAAGAAAAAUUCUAUAAUUUUGGGGAAGUUUGGGAAUUUUUAAGAGGAUUGCGGUUUUGACAGAUUUAAAAAAUUGCAGACAUUAUGGAAUUUUUUUCGCCUCAAGUUGGGCAUGAUUUUGACAAACAAGUUCAUUGACGCUUACUAUACCUGCUUCUGGCCUUAGUCCACGUACAUAAUGCUUGGCUGAUUGAUGCAUGUCAUUGUCUUAACUGCACGUCCAGGCUUCACCUUCGAGUUUUUGGUUGUUUGACAUUAAAGAAUCACUUUUGGAAUGGCGGGAACAUUUUUCGCUUUUCACAACAGAAACAAAUUUCAAGCCUAUACGUGAUCCGGACUUAGUGAAGCCCUAUCGCUAUAGACGGCAGUAUAGUAUAUAGACAUUUUAUUUGAACAGCCAAGAUACGUAAUUACAGAAAACCGUCGGCCCUUGAUAAGAUAUUUACAUUGAUUAGGUUAACUGCAGGCCCACGCACUAGCUUAAUACUGUAUAAGUCUUUGGACGUAUAUCUUAUUCAAUAACGUUCUAUCAAUGUCAACGUACUUUUCACUCAGUUUUUAGUAACAAUACAUUUAAUUCUACGAAUCCUAAUCCCAUAUUCCCCUACAGACCUCCACCAACUUCAUACGGAUAGUAUGUAAAUUAUUUCUAUAGGCGAAAAUUUAACACUUAUUAAGAUUCUAGGAAUCGCUUUGAAGAACCGAUUAUGUAUUUAUCGAGAAGUGGAAAAAAAGGAGUAAAGAUACAGUUUAAACUCAUUCUGAGUCACUCGGCAUGUAUGUCGGCUGACACAUGCCUCCUAACCUAAUCUUGUUUGUUUAAGAUUUGAAUCUGCAGACUAUAGACAUAGUUGAUAAAAGCCAGGAUGUUUAUGGAAAUUCAAACAAUAAUUCUUUAAUGAUUAAGUAAUCAACCUUAUACACUAUUUCCCGUCCAAACUCCAAACUGUUAACAUAAAUCUUAUAAAUUAACCACAAAAUACCAGAUUACGCGUGAAAUUUAUCUGAUAUAGACGCAGAAAACAUAUGUUUGUUAUUUGUAUAAAAUUGAAUAAUUUUUACUUUCUAUGAUCUGAAAUAUCACUAAAUAUUCAUUUUAUCAUAACUCAUGUGUUUACGUUUGGAGUGGUGCUGAUUAUGUUUGCUAUUCUUUAACAAUGUUUGCACAAAGGCGAACAGGCAUAUGGUGGAGGUUUCCUUUCCACUGCGGAAAUUUUGUCAACCUCUACCCGACUGCCAUAUUCCAUUCCAACCCGCGCAAAAACGUAGGAAUAUGGGUUUUUGUCAGGCUUUUUCCUCACCCUUCAACUAUUAGUUUUAUCGAGUGAGAUAUCCACUUUGGGGCUCUCAACAAGCUAUAAGCAAACUCUAUAUGGUUUCCCGGGCAAGGUUUACCAAUAUAUCUUGCAUUGCCAUUGGUAUCACCUUAGUGAGUAUAGAAUACUUGUGGUCAAUUAGUGCAUGCUCAGCAAUGUGAACACCAUAAUCGCCCAUAGUUUUUUUUCGCAGCUGCUGGUCUUAUAGCCUGUCUACACUCUAAAUUUCCAUCAAUAAAAAACCACUUCAAUAAUUACUAUAGGAGCGUUACUAUCAAGUUAUUCGAUGCACAUUGAUGGGUUCAGAUAUACUGGAUAAUAGAUAUACCCAUAUUUUACAAAUAUUCACAAUGAUCAUGCAUAUAAUUAUGAAUAUCUCGCAUAUCUCAGCUUAGUGACACAGUGUACCCGCUGGUUUGACAUAACUUUUUUCAUCAUUCUUAUUGUAAUUCGAUGCGAUAUUCCUACUGUAUAGUUGCGAUAAGUGAGACAGUGCUUGAGUAGAGUAUUAUAUAAAAUUACUAUCGAUAUUAAACACCAAAAUAACCAAAAUUAGAAUUCCAAGAAUAUCUAUUUGUGUUUGUUAUGUCUAAAAUUGGGCUUAUAGUCUAAAGCCUAUAUCAUGUUUCGUGCAUGCUUUUUGUUAACAUAAGUUUCAUGAAUUCAUGGCAAUGCAAAUGUUUUCUCAUUGUUCGAAACAAAAACUUUCAUUUAUUUCUCUAUCUGUCAUCACACAUAAAUUUAUUAAUUUACUGCAUGUAUCUUUUUGGCUCAACUUCACUCUGUAGUGUAGUCUGUAAAAUUUAAAAUGCGCUGGCCAUUCUGGCUCUUUUCUGAAUAAUUCACACACAUGCGACUCAUUUAAGUUAUCUUAAUGUAUCAAAGUUGGUGUAUCUUUUAUCGUUAUAUAAAUACAUUUUUUGACCUUUUAGCUUAAAAGAAAAGUGGCUCAAUUGUUUUGGACCAAUUGUUGAAAUUUCCGUCGAUCUGAUUAUUUAUACAGAGCCAACCAUCAGCGGCGUUCACGCGUUCGUUUUCGAUGACAGUAAUCAAAUCAACGCGUUUGUGUUACGUAGAUAAAAGAUUGAGACGAUAGCGGAUGCUAGGGUAUCAUCAGGGUCUCGAGUUCAGUAUAUAAUCCCGUGCCACGCCAGUCUCUACCUGCACAAAAUCAAUCUUUCGAAGUUCCUGCUUUGAUGACCAUUUUUGGAAAUUAUUAUGCAUGCAAGCAAACGUUUACGUGUUAUUUAUAAAAUAAUAAACAUUCACGUUUCUGUGAAAUAAAUAACCAUUCGCAUCGCUUAUUAACAAUUACAGUAUAUUUCUAUAUCCAUUGCAAAACAUCGCGUGCUAACUUUUGUUUGAAAGCACGGAUUUUGAAAAAAUGAUAUGAAAGAUCGGACGCGUAGGACUGAGUGGAAAUCCACCUUAAUUAACACACUUCAAUGAUAAUCGCACAAGCCGUGAUCCUAGAUGAAUUGAUUUAUGCUAUAUUUAAGUGAAGUGUUUUUGUGUAGGUGUGCGUAAUGUGGAAAGAAGUUUUGGUAAAAAAAAGUAAUUUACCUUAAUAUGUUGAAAUUUCACUAUCACUGCAUGAAUGAUCACAAAAAUAUUCGAAUAUUUCUGUUCCAAAGUUUCAAAACAGAUAUCCUAAGAAACAUGCACUUUGCACGCACUAGAAAAAAUGUCUUGUCGAUAAAUACCGCCAUUACAUGUUUGAUGCCUUAACACGCGUCAUGCCACAGUCAAUUUGUCACUAUGUCUUACUGUAUAUACAAACUGAAUUCUUACGAUAAGCCUUGAACCCUCUGCCUUGAACCUAUUAUAUUCCAAUAGACGCAUGCUUUGAAACAAAUGCGCAUGUCCAGCAAAUGAAGGAAUUUAUCCGCCAGGGAGAUUGGAAUUUUUUGCGCUAUGUGUGCAGUUUUAUUGGUUGACGCACGUAAUUUAAUCUGUGUAAAUUGCUAUCGGAUACAACAGAAAUAAUUAAUCAAUUAAGUUUUGAUUUUCCGUUCAACCCAACAAACCCGAGUCAUAUUCAAUUCUGUAUGCGGCGAGGGAAUUCAUGUAUUUAUCUUCGUUUAUCGUAUCAGUAGACCGUACAUAGGAUCGUAUACCACGCGCUAAGGUUAGUUUUAUGAAUUUGUUAUACAAUGUGUAUCUUAGGCCACAUAUGUUGUUUGUCUAUUUGAUGUGGCAUUUGUUAAUUUAGAGACUAGUCUAAACACAAUAGCAUUGCGCGUUAACCAAAUAACAUAUCUAUAAGAGUGGCAAAUAAAGAAUGUGCUUUAACAAUACCGCCACAAACUAGUAGCAGGGAAUUCUAUUCAAACAAAAUUGGGUUUUAAAGCAAUAAACAACAAAAGCCGAAAAUGAAGACAUUUUGAAAACGUAAGAUAUGCACUAUAUCGAGACGUAUAUUUAAAUGAUAAUAGUCGUAUUACAUAUUCAUUAUUCUGUAUAAUUAUACAGAAUCAUUAUUCUGUAGUAGGGUCGAAACCAAACCAUUCAAAUUUACGUCUUGUUUUAGUCCAUAUUCUGGGUUUUCAAGACGUUUUCAUUAUUAGGGUUUAAAGGUUUGCGCAUUUUAGAUUCAUAUAUACUGUAUGUAUUCAAGCGCGGAAGUAUAAGCAUCAUCAGAUUAAGCGUUUUUAUAUUUUUGAAUUGUAAAACAAAACUUAGUCUUAUAUUCAUUAAUGUAGCUCCUCAAAGUUCAAAUAGCGCAAAGAAAGAGAUAACACUAACAGCAGUUUACUAUAGCGUGCUUUAUGUAAAACGCCACGCGUUUUAUAAUCCUAUUGUGUUUACUUCGUGUAUCAAACUGCGCAUAUUUUCAAUUGAAUAUGUUCGCACCAGUAUCAUAUUGUAAUAUCGCACUGUGAAAUACGUUAUUUAUGGACUCUAGAUAGUCUGCUCAUAUGCUGUUACUUAGCUAUUUCACACUAGGCUAACUGCGCCUUGUGUGUAUUUUCGCCAUCAAUCUUUGGCAGAAUAUAUCGCAUUUAAGACGCGGAAACCUAACAAAAACUUUCAUUGCGUUCAUGUACGUCAUACAAUCUAAACUAACUUGGGCAUUUUGCUCUGACGCGAGAGCAUUUAUAACGUCAACGCGGAUAGAGUGCUUUACUGUAUUAACGCUAAUAAAUGCCAGAGUGUUUUACACAAUCGUCUGGCCAAAAACCUGAAAAUAUGGAUGUCUAUCAGCUUACCCAGAUAGUUUUGCCGUUUUAAAGUCUAGUACCGACUGAAGUCAUUCUAUGCCCAUGGAGUGUACGUGCGUUUAAAUCCUGACAAAAUUAGCAAACUUAUAUCUCCUAUCAUUCAGACAAGCCCUAAAACGGAAAUAUGAUAUUGAAAAUAACUUAUCACAAUGCAGACUAUUGGAACUCUAAAUUUGGAGAUAAAAGAUCCUCAGUUCACUUGUCUUUACAAGUGGAACAUUAAAAGUAUCACAAUACGGAUUAAAGCAACUGCGCGCUUUUCCAGAAUUCUGAUAAAAACAUGAAACAGUAAGACAUCUUCGAAUUUUUUAAACUUGUGCGUAGAUUUCUACUGUUGACAAACUGUUAUCAAAUAUUUCAUUGUUUAUACAAUGAAUGGAUACAAAAUAUUUGAAACAUGAUUAAUUAAGUUUAUAAUUAUCGAUAUAAUUAAUGAUAAUCUUCAUUUUAGCAUAAAGGAGACAAAUACGAUAUAUGCCCAGUCAAAAAUAAUGUUCUUUUCAGUCACUGUGGUAUUUGCAAGUCACUAGGUCUGCUAGAAACCUUAAGGAAUUUCCUGUGUGGUUUUGGUACGACAGGAGACUGACCAACUGAAUGCCUAACCAGAUUAAACACUGUUAGCUUGUUCCCUACAACUUUUUCUACUGUGCAUGGUCUGAAUUUAUUACGUUUAUUGUUUCAGACAUAUCUGUUGAACAUUAAAUAAAUGAAUACGCUUUUAGAAGGUUUGCGCAUGAGAAAAUGGUGUUAAUGUCUUUUCAAUUUGUAGACAAAUGCAUGUUUUUAAUCAUAUCAAAUAUUUUCAAGUAUUCGCCGAGUAUUAGGCUUACAGGGAAAGUAUUUGCAUGAUCUCUGUCCUAAAAUAACACACAUGAACAGUAUUAGUCGAGAAAUAGUUUUAUAUUUCAUGCUGUAUGUCGGCAAGUCCUAUGGCUAUGGAUAGGAUAAUGUAAUUUUGGGAUUAAGACUGUUGGGUGUGUUUUUGUUUGUGAGUGAGUUUUAGGGUAUAUCGAACAUUAUGUUUUACGCUUACGAAGUCAUAGUGUGACACCAUUCACUUUGUAUGUGCAUUGGGCUGGGGUGAGUUAUUGACAAGGAUGUGCUACUUGCUGAUUGUCGAAAUUUUUCUAGUGUACUAAGGCUAUGGCACUUAAUUAUAAGAUUAAUUAUGCUAUAUAUAAAUGUGCGAUUUUUGCUAUAUCUAAUCCGGUGUAAAAGAAUGGAAAGACACUUGUUUAUUCGGUGAUGGAACAAUUUAUCAAUUCCACGAAGUCGAAGUUGCAGACAGCGUGAUGAGAUAAGAUAUUGGACUGUCUGUGCCAGUGUAGGCCAGUGUAUGUAGGUAGUGCGAGUAUUUAUGAACAAGCUUUCGUUGGUAGAGAUGCCCAACUGACAACUGCCUGCAAUAUAGAAGGAGAAUUUCGACGUUUCGAGCGAAGGUCCCUCCAGACGAAGGGCCUUCGUUCAAAACGUGCAUCCCUACCAACGAUGAGAUAAGAGCCUGGGUACGAGGUUCAACUUUAGUGUUUAUAUACUGUAGCUCAUCAAUGAAUACUCUCGUGAAUAAAGAGGAAUAAUUGAAUUCUUUACUUUAUGCUAUGGAAAAUAGUUCGAAAACGGACAAUUAUAGACUGAGGGGUUAUUCACUUAUUUCUCAUUUAAGCGAAUUAGUUUUUCUGUCAUAGUUCCAAACACGAGCAACCCAGCAUGUACGAAAUUAAGUCCGCACGUCAUCACACACGUUUUGUGUAUGCCAAAACUCGUAUUUCUAUUGUCUUUCUUGGCUGGAAGCAUGCGUCACACUGAUUUCUGCUGUUGGGAAUUGUUUUCAUAAAUGACUGGUUUUCAAUAAAAUUGAAAUGUGGUAUGUAUACACAUGGUCAUGGUGUUUGUGCAUUUGGGUUAGGGUCUAUCCUCGUCUCCAGGGCCUCUCGGGGUCCUGGGAUACACGGAACCAGAAGAGCAAGAAAACUUGCAGUAGUUUCUAAAGCGCAUGCUCUUGGAUUGGGGCGCUUUAGCACCCGUAACAAUUUUCACAGUGAAGUAUUAUGAAGAAACGAAGUAUUUGUGUCGACAUAUGUUGAUAGGAUAAUUUUGCCUGGCGGAAAAAACUGCUCAACUUCUGCGAAAUAGCAGUUCUAGCCAAUCAGAUCUCUCCCUUUAGUCGUCUAACCCAGAGCCUAAUUUUCAACAAGUGACCGAGCUAGUGAAAAUGGCUUGGGGACGAGAAUGGUUGGGGUCACAUGUGAGAAUUCAACCGCCACUGCGUAAACUAUGCUAUUUGCUAUUCCUGCAAAAGCAAUCUCUACGAACUCAAAAACAAUGACUACGAUUUUAUAGUUUAUCCCACAAGUGUACUCCAAUCCUAAGAAUAACAACUAUUCUUGGUCCAACAUGAUCAUGUACAUAAUGAAAAGGCAUUUGUUGUAAUAUUUGGGAUGCUAACCCGCACUUCUAUAUUGAGUACUUCAUCUGCACCCACAGCAGCCAACUUCUUACGGCCACUGUAGGGCAAGAAGGACGCUCCCUUAACUUGGAGAAAACGACAAUAUUACUUUGCAGUAGCACUGAUAGUUUUAAGUCCUUUGGCUCAAUACGACUAGGAGUGAAGAUAUGGUUUAUGUUUGAUUUGAAAUUCAACCAUGCAAGAUGGUGUCCAUUGCAGACCAGCAAUUGAUUGCCUGCCUGGUAUAUUACAAUCACGUUGGGAUCCAUUCUACAGUCUUCUACUAUAAACCGUCAAUGCUUUUGGUCGAAACUAACUAAAGAAGUAUAAAUUAAAAACUACGGUGUUUCACUGAAGUGAAGGCUCUUCGAAAGUUACAAUGACCAAAACUACGACAAAUUUUUUGUCACUAUGCAUUGUGUUACGCGGUUGUUUAUUUUUUAUAUAUGGUUAAGAUCAUAUAACUUCGUUUUUGACAUUAAUUAGACUUUUGAUUCGCUAUUAAUUAAAUUAAUUUAAUUUCCUUUUUCCUGCUGAUAGACAGACAUGUGAUAAACAUGGGACUUCGAGUUGACAAGUUAGUAAAAUACAUAUAGUAAUAAUAGUAUAUCAAAACUACAAACAAGUCAAUCUAAACAUUUAUAUUUUAGCUUCAACUAUACUUUCUAUAUCUGAAUUGUCCCUGGAUGCUUGAAUGUUAUUCUAGAAAUAAAAUUUACACUCAUACUCGCAUGGUCGCAUAAAAAAUAACAAGACUAACAAGCGUGGUGGGAAAUGCACGAAGACGAAAGACCGACACGCUCUGUUCUCCCUUCCAUAUCCGCGCGCGCCUCACACGCGUGUUUUACGCCACCUGCACUGACCUAUAUGCAACUUGUUUCUGUUAAGUCACGACCAAUCAGUUUACUGUGUUUUGAGUUUUGGCCGUGCAUAUAAUUUAAUAUUUUAUCAAAUAUGAACAACUACAAUACAAAACUAUUUACUUGGUGUUGGCGGUGUUGGCUCGGGUGUUGGCUUGCCACAAAUCGAUUUCUCUAAUUUGACCUCUUUACAAUAAUUCACCCCCUCCUUUCCUUUAUCUUCUCUCUUAACCCGUAAAAAACCCGGAGUUUGUGGAAAUCUACCUGGCUUCAUACACUGUACAUGAUCAUACAUGUAGUCCUGGAUAAAGCCGAUUUUCAUUAGGCAGAACUUUGCGCGCGGAGCGGAAUUUCUCUUUGUCUUUUCUAAUUAGUUCCACCCGAGAAAUCACAAGACAAAGAAAAAUUCCGCUCCGCGCGCAAAAUUCCGCCUAGUGGAAAACCGGCUUAACUGACAUGAAGUUUCCGCAAAGUGCGCGCGCGGGGAGUUGAUGGACCCAUGACCAGUAGUGGGUGAAGCGUUUCAAAAUCUUGUACGCCACUGUCUCGUUGACGAUAGUUCGGAAAUCUCAAAAGUUACCAAAAAUCGCUUAAAUUUUAUGGAAAUACAGUCAGUGCCGAAAGAGAAAUACAAUGCCAAAAAAAAUAUGUGGCAAGCGCCAAAGCAAAAAAAAAAUAAUUUACGUCAGUUUAAUUUAUUUUUUGUUCAAAGCGCCUGGGACGAGGCUGCCUUCGUAACUUUUCAGUGACUGAUUACCUACUUAUCCUAGACUGUUUGUGAUAUAACUUUCCUAACUAGUUUCUCCUAACCCACCUUGUCAACAUUCGUGGGAGAAAAUCGGAGAACCCGGAGAAAACCCACGUCAAAACGUCGACAAACUCUUCUCACACAAGUCUGUAGCGACGUGGUCGAAGACUGGAACAACGCGGAAUGAUGGACAUAUGGUAUACCAGUGGGUUAUGCUGGGUACCAAGGGAUCGAUCGAUAACGCGCGGAGGCCUGGACGCGGAUCAAUGAUGCGUCCGACUAUCAAUGAGGAGUCCGACUGUCAAAAAAAAUUUGCGACGGCGCCACCAAAACCACUAAAUAUUAUUCUAAAAUAAGCGAUAGUAUGGUUUCUCGUGCAAUUUGGAAAAACAACACGCGUGAGGCAAAACAGCAAUUUGGAAAAACAAACACGUCCAAUUUGAUCGUCUUUGAAAAACUCACUCGUACAUGUUUUCUUCCAAAUUAGUGCAGUCGAAACCAUACCUGAAGUCCUGAACAUAUCUUGACAUUUUAGGUUAAUGUUCCUGGAAUUUGUUUUAUAUACUGUAUAUUAUUAGCUUAAUGUUUACAAUGUAGUUUAAUUGCCGCAUUCCCAAUAUGUUUAGUUUGAUCACAUUAUUUCAUUCCAGGUCUUAAGCAUUGCGCCAUGAAGUACUUGGUGUUCGGAUUUGCUGUUGUGCUGUGCGUGUUUUGCGCGCUCAUCGAUGCUCGUUAUCUCUACAAAGAUCGCGGUACGUGAUACUUGAAAUGCUUUAAGAUAUUUUCCAGAAAGGAUCUUGCUGUUAGGGACGGGGCAUUAUAUUUUUGUCGAGGGGUGGCACUAAACCUCGACUAUCAAUUAAAAAAUAAAUACCCACCUCUGGCCAAAAUCUUUACAAAAGGAUACCGUUACCAUUUCUAUGACAUGAGUUUGAUAAAUGCUUGUGCAAUUAUCUGCAGUCUAAAGUUUCAAGUUGUCUGCACAUACAUGUACUUUAAUUCUUUGGAGACAUUUGCAUCCUGACAAAUCGAAAAAUGAUCAAGAUAGUGACUCUGAUUGAUUUAUACAUAGGCGUACCGGGCGGGGGGGGGGCGUACCGCCCCCCCCCCACCAGUUUUUUGGGCAGUCAGGCAAUAUUCGAUCAACAGUCGGGCAAUUUUUGUUUGUAAUAAAAAUAAAUGGGACAAAUUGUGUCAAUGUAGUCGAAAAUUCAGUAAAUUUUGUGGUAAAUUUUGUGUAGUUUGGAAAAUUUUUGUGAUGUUCCGAAAAAUUUUGGUAUGUCCGGAAAAUUUUUUUGACCCCUAAAAUGGUACACUGACCGAAAAUUUUUUGGCGACGGGGGGGGGUUAAUCAGAACCUUAGCAAGAAAAUUACACUAACUGCUUUUUGGCUACUUAAUACAAGAUUACUUUAAAUAUUCAAAGGAAUUGACAUUAUUUCACUCUUUGGUAGCUGCUUUCCAGUUAUGUGUUUUCAGAAUUUCAUUUACGCAUUUUAAUUACCUAAAAAACACAUACUAAAUCAUAAAGACCACUAAAUGUAUUUAGGUUUGUUGCAUGCUUGCGUGGUGAAAUACUAAAUAGAUUUGUUGAAACAGAACGAAUAAAUUUUUUCGAUCCGUAUAAACCCGGAUCAUCAUAAGUGUUCAUGAAUAACAAUCCAAGAUCAAGGGUCGAAAACUUUAGCAAACAAAAAAUGAACGUAGUGUUUCACAAAUCUAAAGACGCAUGGAAAUUGUGGAAAUUGGGACUACGUUUUCAUGUCUUAAUUUAUGUUUCGAAAAUCUCUCCCUCCCCUUUUCCCCGCCGACAGGAAUUUUGUUUCCUCCCGUACGCCUAUGCACAAAAUAAAUCAAUCCAUGUACAUGUAUUCAUGUGAUUGUUGUAUCGUGAUUGGAUUUAAGCUUUUCUGUGCGCAUGAUCCAAACAAUGCGGCUCUUGAGUGAAAUACCAAACUGAAGUUUAUCUUGCUCUGUUUCUGUGUAGGAGAGUUAGGGAAACAAUUUUGGGGCAAAAACCACACAGUGAUGGAUGGCGAUAACCUGACUCUCCAAUGCGGUUCCGAAAUAAAGAAAGAUCAUCCAAAGUAUAAAAAAGAUCUGCAUUACUGGUUCUGGGUAGUUGCGGACAGGCAUCUUGGAACGAGAAAGUUUCCAGACGCAACUUUACUGAGGAAAGAUGUGAAAAGAAAUGUAGUGCGCAGACGUCCUUACGGUUUUAGGACUGUGCCGGAAAAUAUUCCCGGAACAAUUGAUAUGAAACUUAUAAAUGUUAACAGAUACGCUACUGGGAAGUAUGUAUGUGCUGUGGCAACGAUUAUCUCCAAGAAACCGAAAAUAAAUUAUGUGGAAGGCACGUUCCAAAACGUCGUAGUAAAAUGUAAGGGUCUACUUAACUUAACUUGGUGUUACAGGGAUUAUAGUGUACACUAGGGACCCACUUUGUCCAGUAGUUGGUUUAUACUAUCGAAGAUUAUUUAACGUUUACUAGAAAACCCCAUCUGAUUUAAAAUCGUACAAAUAGAACACAAAAUUUCUUUCAGGAAAUCUUGUCCAACAUUGUGUGUAUUAAAUUAAUAUGCAUUUAAUUACCUGGUGUCAUAAAACUGUAUAAAUUACUCAAUUAAAAAACUCGUAUGAAAAUAAUUCAACCUCUUCAAGUAAACCAUUAAUUUCGAUGACUUUGGGGCCAUUCACAAAGGAUGUCCGAGCCAAGGGGGGGAGGAGGGUUUGGAAAAUCAGGACAAACUCGGACAUAGGGGGGGAGGGGGGGGUUAGCAAUCCGGAUGUCCGAAAUUUUAAAAAAUUCAAAAACAAAUUUCUUUUUCCCUCUAUUUUGAGCAGUCCUUCUCAUUGUGAAAUUGGCAUUUUGACUCUGCGGUUAACACUAGAUUUUGUUUUAAUGAGUAAUUUAUAUGUUUUUGUAUUCACAUUUAUAGUUAUAAAAAAGUUCUAAAAGUAAAAAAAGUUUUUUACUCUUGACAUAUACAAGGUUGUGUGAGUUUUUGCGAGGCAUGGUGGAUGUUCGGGGGGAGGGGGGUCACUAAUUCGGACAAUGCCGGACAAGGAGGGGAGGGGGGGGUCUGAAAAUCUAUCAUUUGGCCGGACAUCCUUUGUGAAUGGCCCCUUUCCAGUUUAGCCAAUCUAAUAACUAUUUAUUGCACUUUUAACCUUAAUGACCUAUUGGUCUCGUUUCUGUGUUUGCGUGUUUUAGUAUGGCAGGUGCACGAAUAUGUUUCCCUCUCAUCUUGAGCCCAAUCACAAAUCUAUCCUUAACUCUAUUGUGCACGAAACAUGAGGAAAUAAUCACAUCAAAACGAAGCAUCUAUUGAUGUUUACGAUGUCACCCAGAAAAUUCAGUAUUGUCUAUUAUUAGAAUUUCUGUGUAAAUAGUAGACAGCCGAUGUUUGAUUAAUUAAAGUAUGUAGUGGUUAGAGUUUGUGUAGCAGGUUAAACAUCUUUAAUUUCAAAAAAACACAAGUUUAAUUCAAAGGUCUGACAACCAUGCAGCAUUAAAGAAUGGCCUUCUUAUCAUUGCUUUACUGAUUCAAUAGUUGUAACGUAACUUGCGUCUUAGAUCCCUUUAAGCAACUCACAGUGUACUAUGUACUAUAAAAAGUACAAUAUCUAAUGUAAAUUAACCAUAAGGUCUAACUGUGAUUAAAGUGGAGAAGGAGGGAGUUAUAUCCCCCCCCCCCCCUCCUCAACUGUAACCUCGUUGCAAUGGUUUUAAGUUAUGGAUUUUGGUCGUAGCUUCAGUUUUAUUUAUACUUGUAUUCAGGUAAACCAAGAAUCGAAUCAACGAUGAAAACGAAAAUUCAGCUGGCUGCUGGCGAUAAACUUACAGUGGAUUGUAUGUCUUCGGGAUAUCCUGUACCUGUUAUUAAAUGGCGUAGAGUAGACGGUCGACCGCUGCCCGUCAGAACUAUCAUACACAGCAAAGGCUUACUAUCUAUCCAUGAUGUUGGCCAACUUGAUAGAGGGGGAUAUGAAUGUAUUUCCUCAAAUAUUUAUGGCAAUGAUACAAGGAUAUUUUCAGUUAAUAUGACAGGUACUAUUGCAGAAAAUAGCGAUAUUUGUUCAGUAUCGUACACAAUCUGUCUCCAGUUUAACAGAUACAGUGUGUCAGCCUAGACCUAAAGCCCUAAUUUUACUCGGUAGGCGAUGCAUUAUCUUCAGGUUGCUCGGCAGGAGGCCCUUGAUUUACAGAUUAAUCGACUUGAAAGGACAUGAAACAAAAUUAGUCUAAAGAGAAAUUAGAAGGCCUGGGUCAAGUCUGGAUUGCCAAAUGGUAAAAUCCUGAUAUGUAAUGGAUGAUUCAGCUAUAGACUAAAUUUUAAUCUACGCAAGUAAAAAAUCCAUCACCACAGCUAGAAAGAGCAUGUUAAAAUUAGUAAAAUUGCAAAGUUUGCUUGCGAAAUGUUGUAAAAUGAGGAAAAUAUAGUCCUAUGAAAUUUGCAAAUUUUGUAUUAAUAUUAUGCACGGGAAUUUGCACCACUUUCUGCCCAAAUGUGGUGGAUUUUCCCGUGUGUAAUACAAAUUAAUGCAAAAUUUGCAAAUUUCGCAGGGCUAUAUUCUCCGCAUUUUACAACAUUUCGCGCCCAAACAUUGCAAUUUUACUAAUUUUAACAUGCACUUUCUAGCUGUGGUGAUGGAUUUUGUUCUUCAUGCCUAGAUCAAAAUUUAAUCCAUAGCUGAAAUUGCCCAUUACCCACACACCUUACAUUGGCAUUAAUACAUGAACUUGUGGUUUAAUUAAGAGCUCGUCAACUGGGGCCGCUUGUACGAAGGUCGGAUAACGCUAUCCACUGGAUAGUGAUUUUUUCAACCUUUGUAAAAAUGCUUGAAAAACUGCGAAACUACGGAUAUAGACGAAGAAAAAAAGUAUAAAAAAAAUUAACUUAUAAAUACUAAACUUUAAUAUGAGUUAUAUAACAAUCAACGACUAAUUUAACAAAGUUUGAAAAAAUCACUAUCCGAUGGUUAGCGCUAUCCGGCCUUCGUACAACCGGCCCCUGGACUCUGUUGCUCAGUUGGUGGAGCGCUGCACCGAAAUCGCAAGCUCGCAGUUAAUUGCACUUCGGAACUUUACAACGAACAUUCCGAAUUUACAAGUAAACAUUGGAAGUCAGUUUUGAAAAGCAAAUUGAAAUCGAGAGUAACCUUGUAACUAAAAAUUUGAUCUAGACAAGUCUAGACAAAAAUUUCAUCACAGCUUGAAAGAGCAUCACAAAUUUAGUAAUAUUCCAAAGUUUCGUUACGCAAUGUUGUAAAAUGCGGAUAAUAUAGCCCUGCGAAGUUUGCCGUUUUUCAGUGGUUUUGUAUUACAAACUGGAAAUUGAUACCCCGAUUGGGUGUUGGGGUAUCAAUUUCCCGUUUGUAAUACAAAAUUACUGAAAAUUGCAAAUUUCGCAGGGCUAUAUUAUCCGCAUUUUACAACUUUUCGCAACGAAACGUCGGAAUAUUACUAUUUUGUGACGCCCUUUCAAGCUGUGACGAAAUUUUUGUCUAGAUCAAAAUUUUAGUUAUAAGGUGUUAGGUCCAUUGACUGCCACUAUCGCUAACGCUGCCACUAAGGGACCAGCAACCUGCCAUCAACCAAUCAGAUGCGUGUGAUAUGUCAGCUUAACCAUUAACCAAUCAGAUAAACACAAAGCCAGUGAUAGGUAGUGUUAGCAGUAGUGGAAGUCAAAUCUGAAUCUUCCUAUUAUCCCAAACGCUACUAGCCAAUUAAAAAACACAAUUUAACAAAUAUAAAACAUUUUCCGUGUUGAUAUACAGUUGCUGUAUAUCAACACGAGUGGAAAUUGGGAAAACGAGAAAUUGUGUGGAAACACGACGCCCGGAGGCGGAGUGUUUUCGCACAAUUUCGAGAAAUUAAGAAAGAAUUAAGAAAGAAAUAAAGAAAGAAAUUUUCCAUGUUGACAUUGAGUUAUGUCAACAUGGCUCUUAGCCAAUCAGCAUUCAAAAUUUACAAAUGAUAUAUUACAAUAGAAAGUAGUUUAACUUAACACUACAAUAAAAGAUUAUAAAACUUUCCAAAGAAGCUAAUUCGUUUACAGCCAACAUAAAUCUCCGAAAGUGAGAGUUGUAUACACCAGGCCACCAAUAUUAUUUUAUUUUUUUCUUAUGCAGUGCGGGCUAGAAUUAUGACAAUGGAAAAAUCUUACGCGACUAUCAAAAGCGAUGGAGCAGUAAAAUGUGUCGCUGUUGGUAUUCCUAGACCGAAAUUCUCGUGGAAGUGGUAUGAAGACGGUGUAUAUGAUGAACAUAAAUUAUCAAGCGAGGAUGGACAAUUUGGUAGAUUUAAAGUGAAGACUGAACAUUACUUUGAAAAUAGUACAAGUUAUUUGAUGAUAAAAAAUGUUCGGAGUGUUGAUUUUCGUGAAUACGAAUGUAGGCUAAAGGAUGGUGAUACGCAAAAAAUACGUCUUGUUGGUUAUUGUAAGUAUUUUCAAACAAUUCAUGUUUCUUGUGGAAAACAAUGCGUUUAUUUAUUUCGCAAAGCUUUUGCUCUGCUUGCCUCGAUCUUCAUCACGAUCCUCUCUCCUCCGCAGAGGCGUUUUUUGCGGUUUUCAAGUUUUACACACGAGCUGUGCAAGUGUGGGAGAUUCCAUUAUUUCCUUGAUCCCUUAAAGGCUCCUAUAUAACCCGCAUUUUUAAUUAAACGCCUCUGUGGAGGAGAGAGAUCACGAUCUGUAAAGGCUCGCAGGAAACAAUGCAAAAUAAACUAGACGAGGUGCAGACUCGUCCACAGUCGUUAUUUGAAUUUAAAUUUUAUAGAGACGAAUAGGUAUAUCCAUAUCUAUAAUCUAUAUAUAUAUAAACUCUACGCGCCCACUCCUGGCCUUCGCUCUUUUCUUCACUUUUUUCUUUUCUUUUCUUCGCUCUUUUCUACACUUUGGCCCGCUCUUUUCUUCAGCCGCCUGAGAAUUGCCUGAAUAUUGUUGAAUCAGUACAAAAAAAGAAAUGCUAAUAAAGAGGAAUUAUAAAAUAAUAUUAUAAGAUCUACAAGUAUUUAUAUUUAAAAGUGACUGGGGACGAGUCUGGACGAGGCAAGGACCGGUGGGAUUUUAUUAACUAGAGUAAAGUUUCGAGACGUACGCACCGCAUACGAACAGCAUGCGCAAGAAGCCACCAAAACUUUAGGGCUCACUCAGGCACAGUAUAGGGAAACAACAGUAGGGCCACUCAGCGUAAAAAAGUGUCCACAUUGUUUACUGGCUGCCAACCUAAUUGACAUAUUGGCAGCCAGUAAACGGCAGCAGCUCACUAUAAAAUUGUAUUACAAAAUAAUGAUUUUGGCAGCGUAAGACACCUGGGACCUAGCUUAAAUAAUUCCCACUUUUCUCUCCCCUCAAUCUCGUUCCCCGAGCCUGCGAUCCUCGGGAGGGAACGCGAAGCUCUGGGAUAAUCCGUUUCAGGGAGGAAUCUGAUUGGCCGUUGAAAUUGCAUGCGUAGUUCAAUCUUAGCCAGAAUUCCUGGCUUCCGGCAACGGAUUAUCCCAGAGCCUCGCAUUCCUUCCCGAGGAUCGCAGGCUCGGGGAACGAGAUUGCUCUCCCCUAAGUGGCCCUACUGUUGUUUCCCUAUACUGUGACUCAGGCUCACCUCAAUAAACGCGCUGCUUUCCAUACAAGCAAAUCACUUAAUCUAUUUAAGUUUUUAGAACAAAGAAAGUUAAUGUGGAAAUUGAGCCAUAGUAUUGACUCUAAUUACUCAUGAGGUCGUUGUAAGCCCUUUCGACACACCGCUCUCCCGCUUUGCAAAUUUGACCUCAUUCGGCCCCCUUGGUUAUUUCUACCUAUAAUCUGGUUCGUCACGAGUACUAUUAAACCGUAAUUGUACGAGCAACAUCGCAUGAUUACUUGUUUAUUAUUAGCAUGACAAAAUUAUACCUUUCCGCCAUUUUGUUUGUUUUGGGAAAAUCAUUAAUUGUAGUUGUACUGCAGUACAAUUAAUGAAAUAAUUGUACACCUCUCAGCCAAUCAGCAUCCAGUAAUUUUGUCAUGCUAAUAAUAAACUAGGAAAUAGGUUAAAUAACGAGGAAAUAGGUUAAAUAACGAGGAAAAAGUUAAAGUAACCAAGAAAAUUAACCAGGGGCCGAUUGUUCAAAGCUGGGUAGCUUAACCCUAGGUUAACCUAAAAUUCAAAGCAAACGUCCUGACAGCAUGUCUAUAAAUUUGGAAAUAUUUCUUGGAUCGAUAGGAGUUUACUUCUCUGAAGUUUUGAAAUAAACAGACGUGUAGAAAUACUCAAACUAAAACAGCAGGUUAAAUUUUAAUCCAGGGUUAGCGCUAACCCACAAAGGUACAACCGGCCCCAGGAGUAUUAAGUUAACCCAAAUAAGGUUUUUAGGCUAACCAGGAUGUUUAAUUAACCCGGAAUUUUAAACAGACUGUUUUAGAGUGCCGCGUUAAAUACAGUAACUCAUUAUUGAUAUUUAGCCAAACCUGAUCGACCAAUAAUCCAAACGGUUGUAUCCAGUAGCACGUCAAUCACAUUAAGUUGGAAAGUUGGGGACAACGAUGGUGGAAGACCUGUCACGUCAAUAAUUAUUGAAUAUUUACCAUAUAAUGGAACUGAGUGGCAAAGUGAUAAAAUUUCAGCAGACUUACGUGCAAGGCACACUAUCUAUAAACUUAAAUCUAACACGCAGUACACGUUACGAGUUGUUGCUGUCAAUGAAAUCGGUCCAAGUCAACCGAGUUCAAAUCACUUGCAGAAAACUGAUUUCAACACAGAAGGUAUGGACAUCACCAAACGAACUUCACAAAAUUUGUGGCCAAUUUUCGUUUGAUUGAUAACAAUAACCUUGUGUAUUAUUUUUUAUUGAUAAUAGUUGUAACGCCUAGUUUAAACAACAGAGAUUCGAUUAAAAUUAAAGAGAAAGAACCCUUAAACAUGAUGGUGAUGGUUGCUGGUGUGGCUGGAGGAUUUCUUGUUCUCAUCAUUGCAAUUGUCAUUAUGUGCAUAUUAAUGAGAAACAUACAGCGCAAUAGUGCAAAGAAAGCGGCGGAGAAUGCACAACGUAUGGCAAAGAACGCAAAAGAUGACACUGUAAGUAUAUGCUGUCCAAUGACAGGUACUUGGGAGAGGGCAGGGGGACAAUCCCCCCAUUUCUCAAGGCCUUUGAAUGGAAGCUAAAUAGCUAUGUAACAAAGCUGCAAACUAAUUUAGUAAUGUUUAAAACUAAUUCCUAGUAUUCCUUUACGCAAUUUAUCCAUCGUUUCCGUGGUCUAAAACAUAUGUAGUUGUUUUCCAUCUUCAUUUUUGUGAUUAGAUCAAUUUUUUAUCUUGUCAUAUCACACCACGUUACCAGCCAAACCUCACCACCAAUUAUGAUACAGUAUCUCAGAUUUAAAGAAUUCUUUGUUUGCAAUCACGUGACUUUUCAUCCAAAUGACGGGCGGCAAUCAAACAACUUGUGAACGAUUUUUUCUUAUCAGAAUGGUUGUAGAACGGUAAUUCAUCUUUUGAGUCUUAAACCAUCUCUAAACUCGAUCAAUAUAUUAAAAUAGCUGUUUUCUUGUUAUACCAACCCGUCAACUGAAAUUUUUGUUAUACCUGCCCGUCAAAAUUACGUCAUUGCAAACCAAGAAUUCAAUAAUUUUUAUUUCAUAUGCGGAAAAGAAUAGAAUAUAUUAUCACUUAUUUACUGAGACGGAGGGCGGCGGUCGAGGGGCCACAAAACACACUGCUUUCCUGAGGUCUCAGUAAAUAAGUGUUUUGUUAUAUAGUAUAUAAGUGUCAAAGUAUGAAUAAUUCACCGGUUAUUGGAGUUAACUUAAUUUGAAACCAAAACUGGAUAAAUGGAAACGCCGUAAAUGUUUAGUAAAAAGUUUAAAAAAUGAACUUUGGAACUUCAUGGCUGACACGCAUGCGUAUUGCACCCAUUUUAUUAUUGACCGGUCAAUAAAUGUUUGAUUGCGGACCGGUUGCCGAACAUGACGUUUUGUGGACCGGCACGUGACACGGUUUUGACCAAUCGGUAAACAGAAAAAUUGAACUUUGACACUAACUAUAUAACAAGUAAUUUUAUGGUAUGCCUUUUUGGCCAAUGGAGAGUUCAGUUACAUUCUACACGAAUUCACAGCUUGUAUUCCAGCACUGGCACCGAACAUUCAUUCAAGAGUUGGGUUUGGCUGCUUGUAUUUUGGAUAAGUAUUGCUUUCAAUAGAAAAUAUAGAAAAGAGUUUAUUUUCCUGGUUACCUACCUGACGAAUUUCUACCUUAAGUCACAUUCCACCCAUAUCUUUCGUUUAUAAUAUCGUUUAAUUAUUUCAAUAAUUAACAUUGCAAGAAAGGAUACUCAAGGUUAAGUUGAUUACAUGGAUUGAAAACGCAUGCCAAGCUAUGUCGAAAUAUCUUAUUCAGAAGUUCAUGUAACAUGUCAGCAACAUUACAGUAGAUAUGUGAUGAUCACACCAUUAUAUGGCCGCCACUUAUACCAGAUGCACUAUUCAGUCGUAGUUGUGAAACCAUUGGUUAUUAAUUUUCCAGACAGCGUUAAUUAACUUCUCACCACAUGUCGGAGACCGUUCAUCGACUACUAUUGGUUGUGGUGACAUUCUCCACCUUACACCAUCAACAACAUCAAAUAGAUGGGAAUUCUCGAGAGAAAGGCUUACACUUCAGAAUGUUCUUGGUUCUGGGGCAUUUGGUAUCGUUAUGAAGGCCGAAGCUGAGGGAAUUAACGGAGAUAAUCCUGGUUCUACACCAGUUGCAGUGAAAUUUGUAAAAGGUAAAAAUGAAAAUGUAUAGGGUUUAGUUUCAGGAUGGUUGUUUAGAGUUUUCGUAAUUGAUAUAUUAAUUAAACACAUUAUUUGUAUAUUUCUAGAAAAUGAAAGUGCUUCUGCAAAGAAAGAUCUUAUUGCUGAAUUGGAGUUACUGAAGUUGAUUGAACCUCACAAAAAUGUUAUUAAUUUGUUGGGUUGUUGCACAAGAUCAGGUAACCAUAUAUCGCAUACUGAUUGAUAAUGCAUGACGCGACUACCCAAUGAUUAUGUCUUAUAUCACAUGUUGAUAUAGAUAUCAGGUGAAGUUUUUGAAGCGUCUAUAAUGUGCCACAACAUGUUGAAACGUCACUGACGCUGUGCACAAAUCGUUUGAAAUUUUGCUUUCUAAUAUUUCAAAUGCAGUGAAUGAUGGAUGAUUAUUUUACUAUCCUAAAUUUUAUGUUAGAACAAGGACGACCAAAUUAAUCCUCUACCGUUUCAGAAAUGACGUCUGACUCAAUGUUCAAUAGCAGCGAUUUUGUCCUUGUCACUGCGAGUUUGACUUUCUUGCAACUAUAGUUCAUGCUUGAAAUAUCAGCAUCCUGCUCGUGUUAAAGGGUUUUGUAUACGGAAAUCGUGGAUGGAAAUUCCGAGUGCAAAUAUUUUGCACAUUUUUAGAACUAACUAGGAGCAGCUGCAAAAAAUGCAACUUUUGGAUUUCUGUCAGGAAAGAACAAAAAUCUACAAAAACCUACACAACAUUCAUUCUUUAAACUACCCAGUAAGCUAGGUAUUGUUUUGUCUGCACUCGAGCAAAGUGGUCUGUUAGCGCUCGAUUACCGUAUUAAAAAUAAUAAAUUAAUAAUGUUUCUUUGCAGAACCUCUGAUGGUGAUCGUUGAGUUCUGUGCUUAUGGCGACCUUCAAAGUUUUCUGCGAGCAAGUCGUGGUAUAAGAGAUCAGUAUAACCUGGACUGCUAUAAACGUCCUUCAUCUCGAUUAACCUCGAACGAAUUACUCAUGUUUGGUACACAAAUUGCAAAAGGAAUGGCUCAUCUCGCCAGUUUGAAGGUACCCAAAUUUAAAAACUAAAAUCUAGUCCUGAUUCAAAAAUACCUGGAAAAUACAGAGAAAAACAGCUGGUUGCCAAGACCGUUGAAGUUCAAAACCGUUGAAAAAUUAGGUUUCAGAUAUUCAGUUCUACUUCCCCUCCCCCCCCCGACCCCCUAUACGCCUAUGCCGGCCGAAUUAGGGUAUUUCUACUUACCUUAUUAUAGGAAAUUAACAAUGCACUUUAUUAACUCGACAUGAAUUAACGCGACAUCAAAUUAACGCGGAUUGCUUCUAGGUCUUUUAAAACUUGAUUAUAUUAACGCGAAUCUGAUCUCCAUGGUUGACAAAUUAAUUAAUUUAUUAAAAUUAAAAUUAAGGCGGAUUAAAAUUAACGCGGAUUAAAAUUAACGCGAAUCGGAUAGUGAAUAGCCUACGUCAUAGACUCAAACAGUUUGAGUCUAUGACGUAGGCUAGAUAGUAAACUGAGUUGAGAGGAGCACUGAUGUUUUUAGUUUACGUUAAGAUGCUGUAUUUUGAUAUUAGAAGAGUUCGUGUUACAUAAAACAAAUCAAGGUCUUUUUAACUAACGAUAAAUAAAAAUUACAUACUUAAAAUUAACGAUAACAUAAAUUAACAUUAAUUAAAUUAACGCGAAUUUUUAAAAUCCGCGUUAAUAAAGUGCAUCGUUAAUUUUCUAUAAUAAGGUAUAUUGCACUUUCAUCAAGUUUCCAAACUGUAUGAACUACUGUUUAUUCUAUUGUAUUAACUAUACGGCCUAGUAUAACCUGCAUUCCUUUCAUUUUCAGGUUAUCCACAGAGAUUUGGCUGCAAGAAAUAUAUUAGUUGAUGAAAACAAAGUUUGCAAGGUUUCCGAUUUUGGAUUUGCAAGAGAUAUUUAUGUUGAAGACCAUUACACACGGAAGACAGCGGUAAGUUAAAUGCAGACAGCUAGUUGGUUAUAGAUUCAUGUUUCAUUCUUUAUAUUCGUUAGGAUUAGAAACAGCAACACAUGGGGUCGUUACCAUGUUGAUAUACAGUUAUAUCAACACGAGUGGAAAUUGGGAAAUCGAGAAAUUGUGUGGAAACGCGACGCCUGGAGGGCGGGGCGUUUUCGCACAAUUUCGAGGUUUACUGUAAUUUAAGAACCUUAUUGUGGACUUUCAGUAUGAUUUUUCAUUCAUCAUGCGCUUCCAUGAAUUACCGGAAUUCUAACGUUAGUUAUACGUUGCAUCAUAUAAAAUAUAUGCUGUAAUACCGUGUUGUUUCAGUGUUGCCAGAAUCUAAUUUUAGUUUCAUAUUAGGGCGGACGAUUCCCAAUCAAAUGGAUGGCAAUCGAAUCUUUACUUGAUGGAAUUUCUACAACAAAAAGCGAUGUGUAAGUUAUUCUGAUUUUCUUGGCUUUACCAUAAUUCAAACUUUAAUUACAGUAAUAUAUUUCUCACGUUAUAUCUGCAUGUUUCGCGCACAAAAAUAACCGCCUGGACCUAAAGCCUUCUAUUAAUAUUUCAGCACCUUUUAGGAUCAAAAGACUGGGACCUAGGCAAAUAGUCCAUUAAUCUGCAAUCUCGUUCCCCGAGCCUGGUCUAGGCUGGCCGACGGGUAGGGUUGUGGUUGAAUCGCCGAGAAAAAUAUUUUUGCGCGAAACUUUUUGCGCCCAGGAUAUGCAACCUAUUUCUUUCUAAAGUUCUUUUCUGUCUUUGUGAACAUUCACCUGUGGUUUUGAAAUGUGCAGUAUUUUGUACACUAAAUUCUACAUAUAACUGAUAUGAGAUCAUGAUCUACUAUACAUUUUAAUAUGCUUUAACAGGUUUAACUGACUAAUAUAGACUUCUCUUGUUUCUAUAGUUGGUCGUUUGCAAUUGUGUUGUGGGAAAUUAUCACACUUGGUAAGAAAAAUUAUUUUAGUUUUUUACAAAACCAUUCAUGUCGGUUGACGCAGUUUAUUUAGAGCCGUUUAUCGUUUCACUGGUGAUCUAAUUAUAUCAAGGUCUUUUAUCAUUUAACGGCAUAACUGUAUGAUUGCGUGAAUGUGUACAUCUGUAACAAGAUAAAACACUCCAAACCCAAUAUCUCAAAUCACGAAAAUGGGACUCUAUAGCCAAGGCUGAGUAUUUCCGGAAGGGUGUAUACAAAUUUUUGGAUAACUGACACGUCACAGUAUACAUACAAUCUUACACUAUCACUGUAUACCAAUAUUUUUGUUUCGGGAAGGUAAAUGGCAUGCCCAAUAUUUGUUAUAUUUUACAGGCGCAUCCCCAUAUCCUGGAAUGAACUCGCAAGAAGUCGUGAGCUUUUUGCAAAAUGGAAUGAGAAUGGACAAACCAAAGCAUUGCAGUGAUGAAUUGUAAGUUGAUUAUGUUGACAGGAUUCUCUUACACUAUAUUUCAACCUUCUAGUCAACUUAGCAUGUUCUAUGAACACCUCCUAUACAGGACAGGUGCGAAUCUCCCAUAAAAACCAUGUACCAUCACGUGACUUUCCUGGCAGAAUUAAAGUUGAGGCGAAUCGUGAUUGGGUAUAUGUAUAUAUUAUUACUUAGCGCAAAACAGCGAAGUUGUUCAAAUUAAGCAAUUUAUAUUUAACUUUUUUCAGAUACUCACAGCGAGCGCGCUUUGACAAUGAUUUAAUGGAAAAUCUUAACUAUCUAUUUAAUCCACUAUGGCAUGCUGAGAUGACACUUUUCUAUAACAAUAUUUAUAUCAUAUAGUUUCUUUCAAAAUCAUGAUCAGAUCCUUAGGCAUUUCAAAAUCAUGAUGAGAUCAUUUAAUAUACCCCUUGAUAUUCAUGCUUCGCCACACUUUAUACCAUGUCAAAGAGUCGCUGCCACUAUAUAGAUGGUUUUAAAAUGUUGAGCCUUGAUAGACAUUUUUCUGAUCUCUUUGUUUAUUGCGAACAGACAAACCAUUUCAUUUUCAGAUUCGUGAUUUCAUUUUCAGAUUCCAAGCUGAAAAGAGACGGGUGAUUUUCAUAAGAAAUCCACAAUAACUUCGGAACGGUAAAAGCAAUCGAAAAAUAUUAAUACCACUCUUCAUUAACAUUAAAUGGACGAAAUAAAACAAUUUAGACAUUUCUAGCUUGUCAAGUUUUCUCUGGACAGAACAUUAGGUUCUGGUUCUGUAGUAUACUUUAAAACCCAGUCAUGGCUACUCGUUAUAAUUACAAAUGCUCUGCGCGCCCUCCAGAGAAAAUUUGACAAGCUAAAAAUGUCUAAAUUGUUUUAUUUCGUCCAUUUCGUCGAUUGCUUUUACCGUUCCGAAGUUACUCGAUUUGAAUCUGAAAAUAAAAUGGUUUGUCUGUUCGUCUGCUUAUUAUAUAUUUAAUAUUCGUUCUCUUCCUUUACCUUCUUUCAUUGUUUACAUGAUUCUCCAUGAGGUAAUUGCAUGACUUACUACUCUUCAUUACAGGUAUAACCUUUUGUUGGAUUGCUGGCAAGUUCCAACUCUUCGAAGACCAAACUUUGAAAUGCUUGCUCGGUAUUUGGAUCGGAUGUGCAAUGAUGAAUUUGUAAGUUGAGGAAAUAAUACUUUUAUAAAAAAUAUAUUAAUGAUAUUUAUUCAUAUACUGCAAAACUUUCGUCCAGGUCUUUCUUUAGAUUCCAUAAUUCUCAUAUGGAUAUGUCUUCCAACAUUUAAAUAUUAUUUCGACGUGGAUUUCUAUUCUGCUUCUUUCCAGCCCUUUUGCUCACGGUCAAAUUACCGCUUUUGCGCAUGCCCAGUCCAUCGUGGAGUAACUCUAUUCAAAGUUACAUGGUACCCAGGGGGGAGGGGGGUGCUUUAAAGUUUAGGUCGGGGCCCCCUCUGUUUGCGACUCAAAGAAAUAUAUAUAUAUAUUUACUCAUUUUGUACACUAGAGUAGUAGUAUAGGAACAUAAUACAGCUAUAUAUUAUAUAUGACUAAAACAUUACUUGUUUACUUUAUUUUAAAACAGGAAUACAUCAAUAUGCGAACAUACGACGACCACCUGUACAUUAAUUUCGAUGGCAACACAGUUUCCGAAGGCAGUAAGAGUGGUUCAUUGAUGAAACAAGACACGUUUGGCAGUAAAGACAAUUCUGAAGAAUCUGCUGGUGAAAAAGACUCAAAUUAGUGCCAUUGUUUAAAUGCGAUUUGACACUUGAAAAAUAUCUUAUUAACCAGCAUGAGAACAUUGAAUUCAUUAUAUUAAAUUGAAAACCGAAGAUAACACGAGAAAGAGAGCUAAACCACACAUUGAAGGAAUUUUAUUCCAUAUUAUACAAUUGGCGUGAAAUCAUCAUUAUAUCCAACAAAAGCUGUACAUUAUACAUGAUUUCUAUUUCAUGAAUUGGAUUAUUCAUUAACUGAAUUAGGUUCAGAAAGUAGUCACUGUAAAUGACAAUAGUGAAUUUAUGUUAUGGGAAACGUAUCACAUAUGUCCGCGCUACAGAAAAAUAAUUUAACGACUGCUAGGCAUGCUUGCUGUAGAGGAUCAGGGGAGUGCGCGAAAUUGGAAUGGAAAUGGACAAAACAACAUUAAUUCUAGAUCUAUUCGGAUAAUUUAUGUUAAUUUCACAUUUUACGUGAAGUUCACAGAAGACAAGAUGAAGUUCUGUCAUGGUUUUACAGGCGUUACACGGCAAAGCACGUGCACACUGGACACAUAUUUUAUUUACCACUAUUACAUAUUUUUUUAUCGAUUACGUCUUUUAAUUGUAUAAUUCUGUCUUAUGUCCACCGUAUUCACUCGGAAAAAAUGUGAAAUCCAUGCUAUGAGAUUUGCAAUUGCACCACUAAAUCCAUAGUAUAUCCAUACUAUUUCGAUACUAUACCCACAAUUAUUAUGGAUAAUCGUAAAUCAAAAAUCCAUUCUAUUUCCAAUAAAGGUCCAUACAAUUUCCAUUCUAUGGAUUUUCAAAAUUUUUUCCAGUGAUUGUGCAUCGAUGUGUAUUUUACUGACAUUUUUGUACAGAGUAUAUUAAAUUGUUUGAAAACAUUAAAAGAUUUAAAAGUUCCAUAUUAAAGUAAAC